AUGGCAGACGCCAUCUUAAUGUGGCAUUGCUACCAUCGCAGAUCCCAGCGCCAGCAGAAUACGUCGGCGAAUCUCAGGGCCGGUCCUGGGAGUUAUGGAGUGCUGCAGUCCCUGCCUACAGGACUCUAUGGGCAACCUGGGACAGGUACGUUCUGCUGGACAGUGUGACAGAGCCCCUCUGCAGGCGAGAAGUCAGGACACGAAACUGGGUUGGCCAACCUGGAAUGCCUUUCGGUUGGCCAGCUUGCAGGAUCAUUCCUCUGGGCUAUACCCUUUCAUGUGUCCUCUACGUCCACUGGAGUCAAGAAUUUCCUGUAUUUAUAACUCUUCAGAGCCAUUGAUGGCAACCGGCUCAGGAAAGAUGUCAGUGCGGUGGGAGAAUUAAUUCAGUUUCCAUCGACUCAUGAGGGACAAAUGAAACACAGGGUAGACCUGAUAAGAGGGUUGAUGAUCUUGGUCACUUCAAAGGGCUCUAAGUAGCAUGCUCCUUGUUUCUUUGAUGUACAGGAGAAAUGCAUUUUCUUUGUGGACAGUCAAGCAAGUAUCUAGGCGCAUAGGAGGGUGCCGGUCUGCCGGAGAGCUAGUUCUUUGUGGUAUUGUUGCGCGAUUACCAGAGUUUACCAAAGUACCGUAUUUAACCACAUAAUGGUUGCAGAUUUUAUGCCUAUUUCUUCCCCUUAAAAUGGGGGUGCACACCACCGGGGCAAACGAGGGAGACGGGGCGAUAGAUGAGUGGGGUGACGGAAAUCUGGGCUGAACUCAGGACUCUCGACCCAAGGUUCACAAUAGGCAACUCAGCACACUUGGCAAUGGCCAUCAACAAGCACACGGGGGCUUCACCCUAAAUGAUGGAACCACCCUGACAAGAGAACGAAGAAGCAAGCUUCUUUUGUAAAUAGUUACUCCCCCCCAUACCUCUUCCUUUAAAAUCCCCUGUUUUAAAAAGGAAAAUGAGCCAAGCGGUCAGGCGGACAUGAGGGAGGAUUUCGUAUUUCGUCUUGUAUUCCCAGUUCAUGUACAGUCCUGUCCUGUCCAUGCCCUGUUCAUGUUUCCCUCAUGUAUUGUGUACAUGUUCCGGGUUCUGCUUUCUGUCCUGCUCUGGUUCUGGGUUCUUCUAGUCUCCUCUUGUUUUCUUGUUUGGUGCCUGUUCUAGUCUUACCUUGUUUCUAGUACUGGAUACAUAUCAGCUUAUCAUCUAGCUCCUGGCUUCCGCUUAAGCUGCAUCAGGGCUAUGGGGUAUGUGGCCGCACAAACCCUGGUGCUCAACACCAGGAGGCAUGUGGUUGCCCUGCACCAGACCCUGUUUGUCCAUUUCCACGCUGAGACUCCUUUCUUCAUCAUCAGGCACACAGGGGCCCCUGUCUGCGGACCCCCACCGUGACACUUUGACAUUCAAAAAACACAAUUACAAUGAAACACAUGCACGUUCAUAUCCCGUGUCACACACAAUAUUAAAAUGCUUACCCUACUACCCAAAACAUAAUUCCCUAAUUCACCUGACUUAAUUCUAACUACCCUUAGACAAUAUCCUCAACCCUAAAUCUAAUUAUCUUAACCCUAAUUGACCUAACUUAAUUCUAUUUGUGAAAUGCUGGGGCUUGAAAGUAAAUCAUCUAUCAUGAAAACGUUUGAAAAUGUGAAUUCCUGCUGUGUCUUGUAUUUAAAUUGUUCUACUGUCAGUUAUAUCCACAUUUUUAGAUUUAUAUUACUUCAUAUUCAUUAACUUUUGCUUGUGCAAUUCAGGAUGCAUAUUUAUAUGAAAAAUUUUUAUAUAGUGAAAUAUUUGUGUAGAAAAACAAAUGGUCCCCCUAUUGUAUAUUGCACACACAAAUACUGCUAUUGCUAACGCUUAUCAAACAAAGCAGAAAAUAACAUUCAGUGAGAAUUGUCAAGCAUUCAAAGUGAGUUUCCCAUUUUAUACCAAAAUAGCCAAACUUGAAGCUAGCUGGCUUGGUGAAUUUUAUCAAUUCUGCGGUUUUGGCUUUAAAGGGUUAUUAUUAUGUUGUUAUUAUUAUGGUAUUAUUGAUAUAGCGCCAACAAAUUCCUCAGCGCUUUACAGUGGGUGGACAAGCAAACGUAGUUGUAACCAGACAAGUUGGACACACAGGAACAUAGGGGUUGAGGGCCCUGCUCAAUGAGCUUACAUGCUAGAGGGAGUGGGGUAAAGUGACACAAAAGGUAAGGAUAGUAUUAGACUAAUGACAGUUGCAAGAGAGGAAUCAGUCGGGAGCUAUUAACAGUUUAAUUGAUACGCUUUUAUGAAGAAGUGGGUUUUUAAUGAUUUUUUUUGAAGGUGUGGAGACUGGGUGAGCAUCUAAUGGAGGAGGGAAAUGAGUUCCACAGGAACGGUGCAGCCCUCGAGAAGUCUUGAAGGCGAGCAUCAGAGGUGGGUCUACGGACAGAAGAUAGACAUAAGUCUUCAGCAGAGCGUAAGGACCUACUUGUGUAUUAGGGAGGAUAGAUAGGUAGGAGCAGCAUCUUCCCCUCAUUUCUUAUUGUUCCAAAUAGCCUUGUUCCAACAAUAUUGCUAAGUUUUGCUGGCUUCCUGACGCUGUUAGCGACACAGAGCGAAAUGCGCAUGCUUUUCCCGUCAGCUACUUGCAUGUGAGCUGCUGCUAUCUGAAGCUGCAGCCUUUUAUAGCGAUAUGCUACAAAAUGUAGCAACAUAGUUGGAAACAUGGCGGUAAUUUUUGCUGUUACCAGCUCCAGACUGCUGCUCCGCUGUAUGGAUGCCUUCCUGCUCUGUAUGACAGAGGGCUGGGUUAUAACAUGCAUCCUGUCUCCGCUCCGUCCACAAACGCUCAACUAUACAGGAGAGACCAGCUCAUUACAAAGUAGCGUUGGAAGGAGAAGUCUCUUAAUAAAAAUGAAACAGAAAUGUACAAUGAUAAUUCACAUUAUAUGAUGCAAAGCGUAAAAGUCUUGCACCGAAAAUAUUUGUAUCUACAAAAAAUCUGAAGACCUAUUAGUGUGAUCGCUCUGGUUUUGUCCAUAAAGGAAGUAUAUAGAGAUUGUCAAAAAAUAAGCACUUCUUCAAUAAUCUGUUCUAAAGUAAUUUGCCUAUUGUUUGUGUAAAUUUAUUCUGCGUACUAUAGUUGUGUGGUGGUAUGUUUGAUGUGUACUGGCUUCAAAAACUAUAAAGUUUUUCACAGUUUUUUGUUUCUAAUAUAUGAGUGAUUAUUUGGGGCGUAUAAAAUGUAUUUCCUAAAUUAAGAAUUGUGGAAUAUUUUAGAGACCAGAGAAAGUAUGGUCAAAAUAAAUCAAAAUGGCAAUUUAAAAUACAGCUAUUUUUGUGUGAAAUGUGCAAGUUUCUUUAUAUUUUUUCGACAACUUCCAGUUUAAAGAAUAACUGCCUAUAUGUAGCAUUGUAACAUAUGGUAAACUACAAACAAAAUAGAUACACCAGUGAUAUAAACACAACUAAAUCUAUGUAAAUCUAUAAUAUAUGCAAUAUAUCUCAGAACCUUGCAGAGAGUCUUGUGGGUUAGCCUGUUACCCUGAGGCUAAGGGCCCUCUGGGACACUAGCAGACUCAGUGGACAUAUAAGGGGUUAAUACUGUGGAAAUCCUAUGUUCUAAAAUCUGUUUGUGAUUUAGGUUGCGAAUUUGUUUCGUUUGUAUUUAAUCUAAUCAGUGUCGUCUUCCUCUUUGAUUGAGUUAGUAUUGCUGAGGCAGUCUGGCACCAGGGGUGGGUAUAAUUUAAUUUGUUAUUGAAAUUGGUUGUUAUGUUUUAUUCUCACCUCGUGUUUUCUUAUAUGAACUGAUUUCAAUGAAACAUGCAUCGUUCUUCCCUUUGCUAAAAUCUCGUCUGUAGCUUGGGGAGAGAUGGAAAAGAGCUAUUCAACACUCCCUGGUGGAAGAAGAAAGAAGUGUCAGAAGAACGCUAGGAGGUUGCUGCAUAGAGUCCUUGUAGACAGGUAGCAGGUUACUCCGAGCACCAUAACUACUUAAAGGGAUUCUCCAGUGCCAGGAAAACAUUUGUUUUCCUGGCAUUGCAGGACCCUGGAGUGCCCCUCUCCCUACCACCCCCCAUCCCAAGUUGCUGAUAGGGUUAAAAUCCCUUCAGUGACUUACCGGAGUCCAGCGUCGAUGUCCCUUGGCUCUGGGUCAGGCUCCGCCUACUCUCCUGCCUUGCCGACGUCAGCCGCUCACACGCAUUAGACCUCCCCAUAGGAAAUCAUUAUUCAAUGCUUUUCUAUGGGGAUUUCAGCAACGCUGGAGGUCCUCUCAAAGCGUGAGGACGUUCUGCGUCGCUGAAAACACUUUUCGUGUUUUAUGAACACAGAAGUCUCUCUAGUGGCUGUCUAGUAGACAGCCACUAGAGAAAGACUUAACCCUGCAAUGUAAUUAUUGCAGUUUAUGAAAACUGCAAUAAUUACACUUGCAGGGUUAAGGCUAGUGGGAGUUGGCACCCAGACCACUCCAAUGGGCAGAAGUGGUCUGGGUGCCUGGAGUAAACUUUUAAGUGGUUUGCAGUGAUUAUGGUGCUUGGAGUCUGUAUGUGCUCUGCAGAAGCCAGAUGCUGGUAGGUCACCAUGCCAGUAUGUUCGCUGCACGGAGGGACCCAUGUAAGUGGCAAACCAUUGCUAAAUGGAUUUGCUGCCUUGUCAGGAAACACCACCACGAUACUCCUAGCAUCAUAACCACUUUGACUUUAAUAUUCCAGAAUGAGUGAAAUCAGUCUGUUAGAUUAUAUUUAAAUAAAUAUUUAAAAAACAAAGCAGAUUAAACACAAAACCGAAAAAAUAAAUCACUUUGUAGUGUAAUGAGUGGUACGCAGUGUCCACACUUGGAGCAGUAACUCUAGUUUACAACGGCGCAGACCAGAUGCUAAGUGCAAGCAGGUCACCGGGGAACUAAAUGCAGGACACCAGAAAACGGCGUCAAGAUGACGGGACACAGCCCUAAAAUUGGGACUGUCCCGUUAAACAGCGAGACUGUUAAGAGCCCUGUAAUGUUGCUGAAAGUGCCCCUUCAGUUGAUUCCCCUCUAUUUGCAUUUUGAUUCUACAUAACCAGGAACAGACCUUACACCUGUCAACCUCUCAUUCCGCUGAUAACUUGUCUCUUUAUCUGCCUCCUCCUAGAUUGGAAAAUCAUACGAGCAGGGUCCUCCGUACCUCUGUUGACAUUAUGCCUGUUGCUUACUAUAAUAUAACCCCACCAUAUUAUUAAAAUGCGCGGCAGAAUAUGUCUUCGCUAUAAAUAUAAUAAUAAAUAACAAUAUGUUUUUUCUACAAGACCGAGGUCGAUCGGCCAGUUCUAAUUUUCAGUGACUGCCACCAUAAAGUGAUGUCACCCAUACGAGUGCGUGUGUGUGUGUGUGCGUGUUUCCCUUGCAUGUUUGAUCACUGUGUCUCUCCUCUGUGUGUUUGUGGCUCUCCAUUUGCCUGUAAUCAUUGCUUUCCCUGUAUAUCUCAGUUCUCAGUAACAUGCCAUUGCCAAGCUUCAGCCUGAGGGUCUAAUAUAAUCUGUGUCCAGCUGUGUGGUCCGAGGGGAGGAGGAGGAGGGGCCGUGUGGUGUGUGUAUGUGUGUGGAGUAUAAAGGAGCCUGCAGGCUGAUUUCUCAUAUUGCUGUCAGUAGCUGCUUCUGCGAUGAGUUGGAUCUGAGCAGCAUCUGAAGUCUACUAGCCAACGCUUCUGUGUGUAAUUGUGAUCAGCAAGGGUGAGUGAGCGCGCAUGGAAUACAAUGUAACCCCUUAAGGACCACAUUCAUAACCACUUAAGGGUCACAAUCUGGUCUAUAUGUUAGUAUAUAGGAUUACUUGGCAUUUGCAGCUCUAUACAGCCCUGCAUUAAUUUAACUGAGUUGGACUCUCCAUUUAUAUAUAGGAUCUUUAAAGACUUGCUUGCUUUGAUGCAUGUUUACAUCAUUGACCCUUUAAGGGGGUAACAGGGCUAAAAGUGGGGAAGCCACAUAUGGCGUGCUUACAUAAUGAAUAUGGGGGCAUUGCUUUAGGAUGUGGGGGAGGCGUGACAUCAUCACCUGGUGUUUUAGACACCGUUUUUGGAAUAUUAUCUCCAGCCCCAGCAACCUACCCAAAAUCUGUCACACAAACUAGGGUGAAGUUGAUUACCAAUUAAAGACGCACCAUCUCUCCAAUUAAACUAAUCAAUUGAUUAAAUACUGACACCAAUAUUUAAUGCUGACUCUUUCUGAAUGGCUGCUUACCUAUUCCGCCUCUAAUGCUCAAUGCCAAUGGCAUUGACCCCCAACCUGAGAUUCUGAUUGUAUUUACACCUCCUGUUAUAAAACUUACUAAGAGACUUGGGCUCCAGAUUCUUUCUAAGCGAGACUGACACCCAAAGCAGCUGUGUUCUUACAAUGCAGGUUUCUAAUGGACCAUUAGAUAGAUGCAGGGGUAGGUAGCCUUCGGCACUCCAGAUGUUGUGGACUACAUCUCCACUGAUGCUUUGCCAACAUUAUGGCUGUAAGAGCAUUAUGUGAGAUGUAGUCCACAACACCUGGGGUGCCGAACGUUGCUUACAUCUAAAAAAGAGCAUGCAUGAAUCUCUUGGAAUCAAUGGAGGCAUUUCUAAAGCAUGCCUCUAGCACUGACUGUGGAGGAAGAUUGACCAUUGGGAAUAAUUAUAUGUAAUAAUCACGUGGAGAGGCAAACCAGCUCUAGGGUAUUGAGUUUGGGCAGAACAAUCUCUGCCUUUUUUUUAUAUAUAAGUAUCUUCUUAUGAUCAGUAUAGAUCCUCAAUAAGACAUGUAAUAAAAAGCAGAACACAAGAGCAGUAUAUAGUGUACUGUAUUGUGCACACUUGAAUAAUGAUAUAUGUAUAUAUAAUAUGCACUCACAUGGUUCAGAGCCUCAUGUGGCUCCAAUAGAAUUAGAAAUAGAGUUAAUAUAUAAGAAAAAAAAAGAGAAUGGGAUCCGAGACUCAGCAAGAGUGAGGGAUUCCAAACUGGUAGAUAAAUAGCCUAAUACUUAAUAAACAGAGCUAACCAAUAUAUCUACAAUAACUUGGUAGGAUAAACCACCAUAAAUCCUCCAGGGAACUUAUUAAGCACAAUGUAUCCAAAUGAGAAAAUAAAUGUAUUGCUGUGCAUAAAAAUGAAAAAACUAUACAAUUGUUCUAAGAUUUCCAGCUGCAAAUGCAUUUUGUCUUCUCACAUUUUUAGCACUAUUCACUCUAUAACACUUUCAUUUUCUAGUUUGAGGCUUUUGAUGGCUUAGUCUUGGUAGGAUUUGGAGGGAAGGACGGGUUGUUAAUGUGGGUCAGCGUUCUAGCUUAGAUCACCCCUGAAGGUGUUGUUUAGGAGCUGUAUCCCUAUUUGGAAUUGCAAGGUGGUUAGGUAGCAGGACGUCUACACAACCUUUAGCAUUGAACACCCAUGAAGGUGGUUUCCUAGGAGCCGCAGACCAUUGUACUAUCUGAUAGUGAAACUGUUGUGGCUUAUACCAUUUUAGCUUCUACACCCAGGUAGCUAUAUCCUAGGAGCUGCUUUGACUUACUUACAAGCAACUAAGAGAUUUAUAUCUAUUUGCACAGUAGUUGUGGACACCAACAAUCUGCUCCAUUUGGAGAUUUCACUUUGCAUUAGCUCCAGACUUAUCCCACCUCUUAAUCUAACCGUCUUCCAUCUCCACUUUGUGCAGUUUUUACUCUCUCAGUGGAUACUACCCAGCACACUGUUUAGCGAAUAGUCCCCGUGACAAUUUUGUACCUGUUUAGGCAAAAAUAUCUAGAUGCGUUUAAGAGUAUCCAGAAGAUAUACACUGUUCAAGAUAACCAUCAAGAGUUAAUUAUCCACAUAUUUUUAGAGAUAAUUGCUCACCACUCUCCAGCUGGGAAUCUUAUAGUUUUUUCAUUUUUAUGCACAGCAAUAAAUUUAUUUUCUCAUUUGGAUACAUUGUGCUUAAUAAGUUCCCUGGAGGAUUUAUGGUGGUUAAUCCUAUCGAGUUAUUGUAGAUAUAUUGGUUAGCUCUGUUUAUUAAGUAUUAGGCUAUUUAUCUACCAGUUUGGAAUCCCUCACUCUUGCUGGGUCUGGGAUCCCCGUCUCUUUUUUCUUAUAUAUUGUUUCAUUUACAGGGUUCAAGCCCAGGGUGGAUCUGCUACCACCCACACUGACCUUACUGUCAUAAGUCCAAGUUUAUCCUGGACUCAGUGACAGUUCUCUUCUAUCUGAAUAAUUAGAAAUAGAGUUAGUUUUAAAGUUAUUAGUGGCAAUAUAAUACAAUUAUGAUCUUUUGUUUUCUAUGUUGUCUCUGUGAAGAGAGAGAGCUUCUUGAGAAACCAGUAUUUUUUUUAACCGAUUCCCUCAAUUUUGCUAGGUCCUGUCUGAGGUCGAGGAAAUCCUCUAUUUUAGCUUGUUUUCGGGGUGUCACAGUAUGAACCUUUGCUUUCACCACAGCCAAAUCAGCCGAAAAUAGUUUCUGUACUUCUAAUAAGUGGGUAUGAACAUCUGGAACCAUUGUAGUUUCAACCUCUAGGGCCAGUGUACUAAGGGAUUGAGCAAUAUCAACCAUAUAUUUGUCCAGAGGUGGGGCUUAGGCCUCAGGGUCUGCAUAGGUUGUGGUCUUUUGGCACGAGUUUCUCUAAACAUCUGGCCGUUAUCACAAGUCUUCUUAGUGGAGGUUAGUAUAGGUUACCCCGGGCUAACUGUGACAAAGAUAUGGGAAGAAAAUACCUAAAUAUCAUAAGAAGAUACCUAUAUAUCCAAAGGCAGAGAUUGUUCUGCCCAAACUCAAUACCUGGAAUAGGCAGGUAAGUGAGCACUCCAAUCUGUGUAGCCCCGAAGGAUUUCAGCCUCGCCUCUGGUGCUACCUGCACAAUAGGCCAUGGGGUCAAGCGCCGGAAUUUAGCCACGGCAGAAAAAACAAAAGGCAUCCACUUGUUCCCUGUUUAUUUCUAGAGUGGAACCCUUAUAUAUUUCCGGGUGGAUGAGUGAACUAAUCUAUGCAAUCUUGCUGUUUGAGUUUGAAAGAGUUAGAAGAAAUGGCGUUCGUGCAAUCUCAAGUGGAACUAGUUAAUUUAAAAAAAAAGUUGAACACAUGUGAGUGCCCAGAAAUUAUUCAACAAAACUGAAAAUAGUAAAAGACAAAGGUGCUGAAAAUUCCUAAAUCUAGAGUAUUCAGUGUUUGGACAACAGUGUUCACUUUGGUGUAUACAAUCCAGAUACCAAAAAUAUUGAUGAUCUAUAAAGGGAGAAAGAAAAAGUAUACACGCAGUGUGAUAAAACCAUACUUAUAGUAUAAUUGUUGCACUUUAAUUUAGGAGGAUAUAUUACUGAGCUUAUCUGUACAUGGUCAUAGUUCAUACUAGACUUGGGCAUUCGUAUUCGUACGAAUGAUUUUUGUGACGAAAAUCUGCAUUUUCGUACAUUCAUAUGAUUACCGAAUAAAGAAUGGCUAGACAAACGAAUGGGCAUCCAACAAAAUUCUUUCAUGAGCCAUUUAUUUGUUAGUUCAUUUGGCCUUUUGUAAUUAAAAAAGUUCAACUAGUAACCGAAUGAACGAAUGGCAUAUACUAUCGGAAUUAUACUUUCAAAAUAUCCUGUGAUGUGGUACCUUUGACAAACUCAGAAGGUGCUUCACCACCUGUUUAAAUUAAGAUGUUUAAUAUAAAAUUUUCACAUACAACAUUUUUCCAUUAAGUGGCCAUGAUAAAUAAAAGAUGAGAUUAUGGAUACUUGACCACAAAAGUGGCACACGUGCCAUAGGUCAGUUACGCCUCCCGUCCAGCUAUUUUGGCCAUAAAUUUGAAAUUCACUUUGAAUUCCUCACAUUUCCCACUUUAGUGAAUAACCCUAUACAUAUUUUGAUUGUGUAGAUUCAGGUCCAUUCUGUGGUCACUUUCACAGAAAAGGGAGUGUUUUUGGCCACCAGAAACAUUAGUGGUUCUUCACAGUAGAAGACUUGUGCAUCACUUUGGUUUACUCUGGGACAUUCCAGUUUAUUGGCCAUCAACAGGAGAAUGGAUUAAGUCUAUUUAUUUAUUGUGUGAUAUGUAACAUUGCUCCAGAUCUAUUUAGGACAUUAUGUUAUACUAAAUAGUGUGUGGUAUUGCGUAAAGUCUUUAUAAUAUGUGGGAUUGUCUGUACUUCAAAGAAGUUAGUUUUAGUCAACAUAAUUUGAAACCUCAUAGUAUCAUAUUGUUUGUAUUUAAAUACAGCCUUGCAGAAUAUAAUGUUAUGUUUUAGAAAGGUACCAAUUUGCAUGCACUUUUAUGGGUUUUUUUUGGCCAAUGCCUUCUUGAAUGCAAUUUUUCUUUGAGUUUGCUUUAGUUUGCAUUUUUAUUUCAUCAGCCAUCCAAAGUUAAUUCCAUAUUACGGGGCCGCAAAAAAAACAACAUAAUGAGGUUUUUAUUCAUUUCUCUGUUUAUUAAACUCUUUGAAAUUUAGUGAAAUUUUAAGACUAGGUAUGGCGAUAUAACAUGAUUGAAUUGUUACUGUGGUUUUGAACCGUUGCUUAUUUUUACUGUCAUUCUCCUGUUCUGUAAUGGAUGGAAUUCAUUUAUAUUCUGUCCUGUGCUUUCAACAUUAAUAAAAAAAACUAACGUUAGAAAAAGAAACAGUCUGUGAAACUGAGAAGUAGUGAAUGGAAAAUUAUAGAAUAACUCUUCACCUUAGGUUGGUGCUUUCGUGAGCAGAGAAGACAAAUGUCAGAGUUAAAACAUGUCUCGUCAUGCGUGAAUUCCAGAUCAAUAAAUACUUUAGAAAGCAUAUACAUGAAACUUUCGUAAAUCUUUUUUCCACUUAACUCAGACCAGAGGUUGACCUUUUCGUUGGUUACAUCAAUUUCAACAAUGCAAGGGAGAUCGUGAAAUUUGAUUACAUUGGAAGGUUGGGAUCUGGACUGUUCCGUGUAUAGAUUCUUCGUACAAUGCUGUCACAUUACAAGUAUUGAAACAAACAAAGAAAAGAUACCACUAAGACACAGUGUAAAAAAAAAACCCACAAAAGACUCCUAAAUAAAGUGUUCUAUCCUUCAACAUUACAAGUAUUGGCUUAAUAAUAUAACUCUGGGGAGAAAAUAUGGGAACUUUUCCAAGAAACUGUACAAUUCUUAUUCACAAUUAUUUAAAAUAACAUAUACAUAUGAAAAAAAACAAAAAACAGAAUAGGCACUAACCAUGAACUCAUAACAAUCUCUAUUUAAAUAUACGUAAAAGAUAAUGAUGCCUUAAUAUGUUUUGCAUUUAAAGGACCACUAUAGGCACCCAGACCACUUCAGCUUAAUGAGGUGGUCUGGGUGCCUGGUCCAGCUAGGUUUAACCCUUUUUUCUAUAAACAUAGCAGUCUCAUUGACAGCCGCUAGAGGCGCUUCCGCACUUCUCACUGUGAUUUUCACAGUGAGAAGACGCCAGCGUCCAUAGGAAAGCAUUGUAAAUGCUUUCCUAUGGACUGGCUGAAUGUGCGCGCGGCUCCUGCCGCGCAUGCGCAUUCAGCCGAAGAGGCGAGGAGGAGAGCUCCCCGCCCGGUGCUGAAGAAAGAGGUAAGUUUAACCCUUUCCUCCCCCUAGAGCCCAGCGGGACGGGGACCCUGAUGGUGGGGGCACCCUCAGGGCACUAUAGUGGUCCUUUAACAUGAAUUGCCAUAGUACUACCAAUGUUGUUGUUUUUUUUGUUUUUUUUUUGGCUAAUUCAGAUGUGUUUGUUUGUUUUUAUAAAGAAGGAAGGAUAGGGAGAUUUCUGCUUAGCCAAUAAGCUAAAAUGGAAUAUCCAGUAUAAGGGAAUUAGAAUGUGCCAUAUGUUAGAUAGUAUAAUAAAUAUCAUAUUUCUAGAUAUAUAUUUAUUUCUAAUUGUACAGACAUAUUUUAUUAGGGGUCCUUUCGAUGGCUGUAAAUCUCAUAUAGUAGUAUAUAACUAUAUAAACCUUUUUUUAUCUGACGGAACAUUUUCUAGAUUAUUACUAACUGGAGAAUACGUAGCGAAACAUCUGAUUAUUCUGUUUUCACGACUCAGUUGCACUUUAGUACCCUCAUUUUUCCUAUUUUGGGAAUAUGCUGUGUCAAUAUUUCCUGUUUAACGUAAAAUCAUUUUGUGGCUGUUCUUUCAACUUGUUAUUCCUUUCAGUUGCUUUGUAUUGUAUCAGAACCUUAAUAUAUAGUUUAUCCACGUUCACCUUUGUCCUUAGGAAUACUAUUGUUUAUCUCUACGUGAAUAUUGAAUACUGAAGCAGAUUUAUCUUGCUGUAACUGGUUUCCUGUACAACGUGGUGAUUCCUACAAAGUGCUGUAUCCAAUAGUUCUUAAGUAACCCCACAUAUUCAUUAAUUGUAUUAGCGUCUGCUCCUUGUCAGUCGUAAAUGAUUUGACCUAUAAAUCUAGAUUGGUGGGUUUUCAAACAUUCUACCAUUUACAAGCCAGAUUAGAAUAAUGACUUAAUGUGACACUGUGACUCCAUAAUAUAAAAAAACAACCAAAAAACAAAGGGUAUUGGAGGGGUCCAUGCCAUCUCCAAACUGGCCCUUUAAAUAAAUACUAACAUUUAUUAAAGGAUCACUAUUGUGUCAGGAAAACAAAGCGGUUUUCCUGACACUAUAGUGCCCUAAAGGUGCCCCCACACACAGGGUCCCCCUCCCGUGGCACUGAAGGGGUUAGAACCCCAGCAGCUUACCUUUAUCCAGCGCUGGGCUCCCUUGGCGCUGGUGACCUCUCCUCCCCCACUGACGUCAGCUCCCGAGUGGAGCGGAAUGCGCAUGCGCGGCAAGUGCCGCACGCAUUCAAACAGUCCAUACUAAAGCAUUUCUCAAUGCUUUCCUAUGGACGUUCUGCACAUUAGAUGCAAAUUUCGCAUCCAGUGUCGCAGAUGCACCUCUAGCAGCUGUCAGGAAGGCAGCCACUUGAGGCUGCAUUAACCCUGCAAUGUAAACAUAGCAGUUUCUCUGAAACUGCUAUGUUUACACCUGAAGGGUCAAAACCUGGGGACCCAGACCACUUCAUUGAGCUGAAGUGACCUUUAAAGUAUACCAUCAAUGUGUUAUAAAGCAUAUAAAACAUACACAUACCCAAUGUGGCAACACACACAGCAUUAUGGGAAAUAAGAAAAGAAAAUAAGUCAUAACAAGCUUUGUUGCUUUUUUUUAGAUUUACUAUGCAUAUUUAAAUAAAUUCUCUUUUGUUCCAAAUUACUAUUUUGAACAAACUUUUUUUUACAUGAGAAAUCAGUAGGGAAUAUUUUUCACCACAACUUUAUGAAUAUUAAGCUUUUUAGCUUGAUGGUAUCAGAAAGAAUUCAACGUUAUAUAGUCCCAAAAAGGCAAAUCUCAAUGGUUAUUUGCUCACUGAAAUGUGCCCCUGGAUUAAAAAUGGCAGGCUGUAAAUUAGGGAAACAGAAAUUGGAGGAGCAAUGGAAUUCGCAUUCAUUUACAUAUUAUGCAAGGAAUUCUGGGUGUGUCGUGAUAACACAUGCAUAGUUCGUCACUAAAAAUUUCAAAUUUUAAGGCCUGAGUUGAUGAAUUGAAAGCAUAGCUGAAUGAGAAUUUUUCUAUUUUGACCUUAAACUUGAAAUUCACAAUUCAUUAAACUCUGAUUAUUUAAAGCUGUAGUAUACUGGGCCGAUACUUUUAUGAUUUGCAUUUCAGGAUAUUAAAAUAUGUGGUUCCAAAUGUCAAAAUUUGCCUUUUAAAAUCAAAUUUAAAGAUAAGCUCCCAAAUUAUAAUUACAAUUUGGGGCAAUUUGUUGAUUCCUAAAAUGUAAAGAAUUUGCAAAUAUAGAGUAAAAUUCAGAGAUAUCGUCAGAUCUUAUUUUUGCAAGUGAAAUAGCAGAAUUACGCAACACAACUCAAACAUUUGCAUAAAAUGACAGAUGUAGUUAAUGACUGCAUUGCUUACUUGCCCAGGAGCUAGUCCUCACGCAUUUUUCCCUUCUCAAACUUUUCACUGAAGUAUUGACCCUGAAGGAUCUUAGAUUCCCUGCUGGAGCCGGAGUUUCCUACCUCUAAUCUAAGAAUGUGAUGGGUGUCAAAAAACCACUGGACUUUCAAUGAGAGUACACGUUUUAUAUUUGCUAAAUUAUCCUCCAGUUCUAAUGGUCUAGGUCAUUGUUUCCCAAUCCAGUCCUCAAGUACCCCCUUACAGUAGAUGAUUUAGGGAUUACCCAGUUGUGUGUAAGGUGUUUUUAGAAAGAAAGAAAAAAAACACUUUAGACACAACAGUGUAAUCCCUAAAUCCUGGACUGCUAAGGGGUACUUGAGGACUGGGAAGGGAACCCCUGUUCUAAGUGCAUCGUGACACAAAGGACUUCUGUUAUUAAUGCCGCCGAGUACAAAACAACCACAUUCUGCCGCCAUUUGUAAGAUCUGCCAAAAUGUAUUCUAGUAUUAAUUAAUUUUGGUCAGAUUUGAAUAGUUGUAAAAAAAUAUUAUGUAAUAUGUUUCUUUGAUUUUAUGAGUAAAUAAAAAAAAAAAAAAUUUUGCAGUUUAGGUUAAAAAAUUUAGAUGCUUUUGCAGAAUUUAACUUUGAUGGGAUUAUUCACUAAACCAAGAAUUAAAAGUGACUUUAAAAGGAAUCUCAAAUUUAAAGCCAAAGUAUCUGUACUGUGAUUAUAACUGAAUCAAAGAAUGUUUUCAAGUUGGCUAUUUUAACCUUAAAGUUGAAAAACACUUUGAAUUCCCGCAUUAGAGAAUAACCAUGUCAAAGUCAAAUUCUACAAAAGCAUUUAAAUAUAUUUACAUAAACUACGCCGAAAUUUUUAUUUUCUUAAUCGUUACUCUGCAGAAGAUAGAUGCCAUAGAGUCCAUCAUGAAGAAGCCAUAUACUUUUUUACAACCAGGGAGUAGGGAUUAUGAGUUGUAUGCCAGCCAGCGAUGAGAAUCCCUUUACAUUUUAAUAUCCAGUGUCUGUUUUAUAUUUAGGUAAAAAUUUGCUUUUUGUUCAGUUUAUCACUCUUUGAAGAGAAUUUGUGUUUUACGACUGUUGGGGUGGAUGAGAUCAUUCACUCAGUUAUUUUGUGCAUUGUAGCAGUCCAUUUUAACAAUAAAUGUGCAUUAUGUAUGAAUAGGUAAUGCAUUUGUACAUACGUAACAGAUUUUACAACUUGAUGUUUGUUUGUUUUUUUUCUCCCAUUAAAAAGGUUAGAUCUUCAGUUGCCGAGGUGAGACUUCUUGGCAUUACAAUGUAUUUUUGUCCUAUUUUUUUUUUUUUUGUAAUAAAAUAAAGGCUAGUGGCAGGUAUACAAGGCUUGUCCUUUCUACUUCUCCACAGGUUAAUGGCAAGAAAAAUAAAAGGCACGUUAACAUUUAUUCCUCCUUCACAUCCAUUAGUGGUUAAUUCCAAAAAUAAAUUUUUUACCAACAUGUGGUGUAAUUACAUUCCUCAACCAUUUAUUAUUGGAGCUCUGAGAAUUUUAAUUAUAUAUCAGUGGAUUAGCGUUUCCAGUGCCUUAUACCCAAAACCCCAAAACACUUCAGCCACUCCUCAGCCGCAAACACACCUCAAGCCCCUAUACCCUGGCAAACACACAAUACAGCCCAUAUCGCCUCCAUAAACCACCAUGUACAUUAUGGCCCGUAUCCCCCAUCAAGCACACAAACUACAGCCCCUCUGUCACUCCCAACAUACAAACCUACUACAACCCCUGUUCUCUCACAUACUACAGCCACGAAGGUUGGUUAAUGUGGAACCCAAAAAGCAGCAGCCUACUAAAGCAAGUCCAGGGCAACCAUAUCCAAAAAUGGAAGACAGGUAGCAGUGUCUGACAGUCUAAAAGUUCAAAUAUCAAGGCAGCAAAGAGCUGCCAUAGCAUAGAGACAGACCAGGGAUCAGUAAAUAAAAAUUAACGCCAAGUGUCUAAAGCCAAAAACACAGAACAACUGAGCAAUGAAGGCUCAGCUGUUCUUGGUUUAAAACAGGUGCCUAAGGGUAGCCAUGCCCAGUUGUCAUUCCCCCUGAAUGUCCUGAGUCCCCUUUGUAUUGCCUUUGUUUCAUAGAUUUGCCAUGAGGACCUUUAUUAGGUGUAGCUAUGCCCACUAGGCAGGUCUGUAGCUUGUUCAGAGCGUGCACGUCUCCAUAGUGCUUGUGGUUGCGCUGGAGAUGUGAUGGGGCUCUCGUUGAUGGCCAUGACUCAUCCCAGGCAGUCACGUAGACACACGCCUGAGAAGUGGUAGACCUGGGGCAGAGAAGAUAUUGCCAGAGGGAAUGAGGAUAGCCAGUGUUGAGUUGUUGCCCACAAAAAGCCUCAUUCGCACACACUCAACUCCACAAGAAGCCUCACAUAGGGUACCACUAGCCUCCUCCACACAAACACAACCCUAAAAGCUGCAUCUCUACAAACAUGCAACAUCCCCACGAACACACAACAAUACAAGAAAUAAACAAAUACAAGUAGGAUAAGCACUAAUUAAUAGUGCAAUGGAUUACCUGCAGCAAUCACUGAAAAAGGAAACUCACUCAGUUACCAUUUGGAUAGAUAACAGAAAACAUAAAAAUAAUUAGGUGCCUCCUGUUAUUUACACAAUAAUUGAAAUAGUCACACAAAAUAAGAAGCAGUGUCCCCAUAGACAUGCACCACCAUAAACGGUGUCGCCAUAUACAUACAAUACCACAAGUAAUCUCACCACCCAGCCCUACUCCCGUAUACGCAACAUCGCAAGUAGUUUCCCUCAGUGCAACUUCAAACAGUAUCCAAACACAUACAACACCAUAGCCACCACACACAGCACCCACUUCCAGUUCCGUCUCUCUUUUGUCCUAUGUGGUAUCCACAGAAAUACUCUCCAACAUUCGUACACAGAUGGACCACAGAAAUACGCCCCAACAUUCACACACUGAUUCUCAACUGAAAGUCUCUCCUCAUUUAUAGUCCACAGAAAUACACCCUCACAUUCAUACACUGACAUGUUACAGAAUUACACUCCCUCCCACAUUCAUACACCGACUCUCCACAGACUCUCCUCUUUGGCAUCAAUUCAACUCGCCGUGUUUGGAGGAGGAGAAAUGUUGCCUAUGACCCCAAGAACACCAUUCCCACUGUCAAAUAUGGAAGUGGAAACAUUAUGCUUUGGGGGUGUUUUUCUGCUAAGGGGACAGGACAACUGCAACGCAUCAAAGGGACGAUGGACGGGGCCAUGUACUGUCAAAUAUUGGGUGAGAACCUCCUUCCCUCAUCCAGGGCAAUUGAAAAUGGGUGGUGGAUAAGAAAUUCCUGCCUGACAAUGACCCAAAACACAAAUCCAAGGCAACAAAGGAGUGGCUUAAGAAGAAGCACAUUAAGGUCCUGGAGUGGCCUAGCCAGUCUCCAGACCUUAAUCCCAUAGAAAAUAUGUGGAGGUACCUGAAGGUUCGAGUUGCCAAAUGUCAGUUUUGAAACCUUAAAGACUUGGAGAGGACCUGCAAAGAGGAGUGGGACAAAAUCCCUCCUGACAUGUGUGGAAACCUGGUGGUCAACUACUGGUGGAAACGUCUGACCUCUGUGAUUGCCAACAAGGGUUUUGCCACCAAGUACUAAGUCGAGGGGGUCAAAUACUCUUUUCACUCAUUGACAUGCAAAUCAAUUUAUAAUUUUUUUGACAUGCAUUUUUCUGGAUUUUAUUUCUUAUUCUGUCUCACUGUUUAAAUACACCUACCAUUAAAAUUAUAGACUGAUCAUUUCUUUGUCAGUGAGCAAACGUUCAAAAUCAGCAGGGGAUCAAAUACUUGUUUCCCUCACUGAAUGGAAUGUGUAUGGAAUUAUAGGGAUAAUGUGUUUGGGAUUGGAGAUGAUUAUGGGGCUAUGGAUGAGAUUGAAGUGCUUAUGGGGCCAACAGACAUCACAUACAGAUGAUAUGCACACCACACACAUCCAAAAUGUAUAUCAUGCACAUUACACACAGCCAACUUGCACAUAAUUAUUACAGAGCUUCUAGUUUAAGUUUUGCAUAAGGCUUCAAAAUGUUUAGAGGGGCCUCUGAAUGCAACGAUUCAAAAACUGGUUGAGGACAAAUAAGCAUAGGCAGAACUUUAAUUCAUCUUACCUUAUGAAUGCAGGGUAUGGGUUAAUAAGAUGUUCAGCCCUUGCAUUGAAAACAAUCGUUGGCUGACAUGUCUAAGCUAUUUUAUUGUUUAGGCUGAGAUCACAGUAGGAAGUUGCAAACUACGGGAUAUGGAGCAUAUUUAAGAUCAAAGAAGGAUUCAUGGAACACAUUCCUGCCACCCACUGAAUGCAACGGGGUACUGUGACUGGCUGAGCUCACUACAGGUAGCUGCGGGCACUGCAAUAUGUAGUAAAUGCAAGACCUUCAAAGGUGAAUAUUUCGUGUUUAAAGUGACACUAUAGUCACCAGAACAACUGCAUCUUAAUGUGGGGAUUCUGGUGUCUAUAUCCUGUCUCUGCAGGCUUUUCAAUAUAAACACUUCCUUUUCAAAGAAAAGACAGUGUUUACAUUGCUGCCUAGUAACACUUCUAGUGACAGUCAAUCUGACGGCGCUAGAGGUGCUUCCUGGGUCAGUGCUGCACAGUGUGCAGAAUCUACAUUCAGAAGCUCCACACUCUGCAUGGACAUGUUGAGCGUUCCUCAUAGAGAUACAUUAAUGAGUACCAUUAAGUUGGGCAAAGGUAACAUCCCCAGGACGUACUUAAUAUCUGAAUGUACCUUUCCUGGUUAACUAGAUUGUUAAUGUUAUCUCUACGAGGAGAUGAUGCGAGGCGCAGUGUGGUGUUUUGCCAUGCAUGCGCAAUAGCCUCCCAAUGCUUUCCUAUGGGAUCGCAUUGGAUUGGCUGAGAUUAUCAAGAUUAACUAUCUAAGCCAUGGAGGUGGGGCAGUUGCAUUGAGACCAGCGCGGCAAGGGAAUUUUGUUUUAAAUUUUAAAACAAUCUAAAAUAGCCAUUCCAGCUCUAUAGCGCUAGGGAUACAUGUUAAUAUUCCUAACACUAUAGUGUUCCUUUAAACCUAGAUUAUCCCUUUAGUUCAGCCAAGUACAUUCCUUUUGCAUUGUGUUUAACUGUAGAAUGUUGACUACUUAUUCCAAAAAUCGCUUUGUUAUAAUACAACUAGAAACUAAAAAAAAACACCUCCUUUUAAAUCGGCUUGCAGGAAUCCUUCUUAUAAUAAGAACACUAACUCAAUUAAACUAACAUAUAUUGUUGGUGCCCAGUAAAUAAAGAAUCUUUUCGUAUGUGAUUUCCUGUAGAAUUUAGUGACAGAUAACUAGUUAAUACAAUUUUAAAAAGCAUCAAAUGUAAACUCGCAGGUUUUGGAGAAGUGGGGUUCCUGGUAAUGGGGAAAAGUAUAACUGCUUAGAAAAGUACCAAUAUAUCAAAGUACUUUAUCAAUAUAUUUUGCAGCCCUAUACAACUACAACUUCGGAGCAAGGUAGGUAUGAAUUAAUGUGUAUAAUGGAUGAGGAGUCUAUAGAGAGAAAAACAGGGGCAGCUGGAGAGGUCACAGGUCAAGACGGGAAACAAAGGAUACGGAAGAAAAUAGCUGUUACCCGCUAGGCAGAGACAUAUCUACGUUACUUGGCACCCAUGGCAGAAAUGUAUUUUGAAACAGUCUUCUCCCCCCAUAUUGUGGAUUUCGUUUUGUGUGUGUGUGUGUCAUACUAUGCUCCCCAACCCACUUUUUGUUAGUGAAAUUACAUCCACAUAGUUAGAUUCAUAGACACACAUACAUUCAUAUACACGCACAGAGACAUACACACAUUGAUAUAUAUACAGAGACUCAUAUGCUUACAGACAGACACAUAGACACCCAUAGACUCACACACAAGCACAUAUUCACAAAGACCUACAGCCUCACACACCGAUUGCUGCUGGGAUCUAUCUCCACUGAUUGCUCUGUUCCCUCCAGCGCAGUAUUUAAGUCGGGGCUUGGGUAAUGUCACAUCCUGGUUCCCAGCAUCAGUGCAUGGCUGGACACUUAUUACCUACCGCGCAGCACACCCACCAGCAUUGCACCGGUAGGGAGGUGCCUGUACUAGCCUUUGGGAGUGCUUCCCCUACAUCCUCUCACACAGAGCAGACUGGCUUACUGUAAAAAAGUUGAAUUCCUAACAUAUUCAUCACCCCUCGCGGCCCCCCCUUUUAGUGAUGUAAAGGGUUUAAAACCCCUACAUUCACUAACCCCCAUGAUCUGUUUCCUCCGACAUCAGCCAAUGGGGGGACUUAAGGUGCAUGCGUGGCAAGUGCCACACGAACAUUAGGUCUUCCUUAUAGGAAAGGAAUGCGUUAAUAAUUUCCUAUGGAGGUUUUUUUGAUGCUGAAUGUCCUCGUGCAGAGUGUGAAACUCCAUUAAGCGCCUCUUGUGACUAUCUGGUAGACAGGCUAAGUACUGCAACGUAAACAUUGCAGUUUCAAUAAAGGACUAAGGGGGACAGGGACACUGCACCCACACCACUUCAAUGAGAUGAAGUGGUCUGGGUGCCUAUAGUGUCUCUUUAAUGAGUGAACAAAUCCAAGCGGAGGAUCAAGCUGGAGUUAGAUUGUACACAAAUGGGAUGGGUGGGAAACUGCAAAUAAUUAGCCCUAUUUGAGACCUUACCAUCAAACUCUAUUCCCUUUCUGAUUUUUAUUUUUUAUUUUUUAUAGAUUUGUAUUGAUGCUGCUAGAACUAGAAUGCAAUAAUAAUAAAAGAAUACAGGUAUAUUAAAAUGGCACAUCUUAGAAAACAUUAACACGCACAACUGAUGACACUAUUAAGGGACCUACGAGAUAAAACGAAUAUCUACUAUCAACCUCCCUCAUGACAGACAUACAAACCAAUAAAAAACUCUUAAAACCACAGGACAUAAAUAAUGAACUCGCAUCAUUUUAUAGCAACCUGUAUAAUUAAAAAAAAGACACCUCUAUACACCAACCCACUAGAUUGGACACAUUCCUACAUCUGAUCUCACUGCCCAGUCUCACUACAGACCAAAGAAACACCUUCUGUCAAAAAAUCACUGCUGACGAAAUACAUUUGGCAAUUGCAAAUCUUCCACCAGACAAAUCACCAGGUCCUGACUGACUCACUAACAGGUAUUAUAAAGUGUUCUCCAAUAGUGAUGUCCCGAACUAUUCGGCGAACGGUUCGCCACGAACAGUUCGCCGCGGACUCAUCAUUGAGUAAACUUUGACCCUGUACCUCACAGUCAGCAGACACAUUCCAGCCAAUCAGCAGCAGACCCUCCAUCCUAGACCCUCCCACCUCCUGGACAGCAUCCAUUGUGAAGCUGCAUUCUUAGUGAGCUGUCCAGGAGGUGGGAGGGUCUGGAAGGGAGGGUCUGCUGCUGAUUGGCUGGAAUGUGUCUGCUGACUGUGAGGUACAGGGUCAAAGUUUACUCAAUGAUGAGUCCGCUGCGAACCGUUCGUGGCGAACCGUUCGGCGAACAGUUCGGGACAUCACUAUUCUCCAAUACACUAAUUCCCCACUUACAAAAAGCAUUUGCACACAUAACCAAAUCAGGAACUAUGCCACCAGAAAUGCUCUUAGCCCAUGUGGCUACCCUCCCCAAGCCAGGGGAAAACCACAAACAAGGGACAAAAAAUAUAAAAUUGUUAGCAAAAAUAAAUAUACUCAAACAAACUUGCCUCAACUCUACCACCGAUAAUACAUGAGGACCAGGUGGGUUUCAUCAAUUAUACUGAUGGUAUAAGAAAGGUCCUUGACUUGAUCUAUAGCCUGCAAAAACAAAAUAAAGGAAGUCUGUUCCUGUCUUUAGACGCGGAGAAGGCUUUUGAUCGCCUAAACUUGAGUUUCCUUGAAGCGGUUCUGCGCAAAUUCCUGUUCACUGUCGAAUUUUUAAACACUUUAAAAGCCCUAUACAGCACGCCAAUGGCCAAGGUUACCAACGCUGGUUUCCUUUCAGACCCCUUCUCCAUUACAAAUGUAAUGCCGAAGUGCCGAAUUACGUUUGCAACACUUACAACAAUCAAGUAACGUACAUUCAUAUAAAAUGUAAGUUACUUAGCCAGUCAUGUAAUGACAGGAAUGAAUAAGUAGAUAACUCCCUAAUUCCCACGGUACUAGGGAGCUAUCUACUAAAAGGCUGAAAGACCUAAAUUGGUCUUUCAGCCAAAUUUACUAGUUAGGAAGUUUGUGGAAGAGCUGUUCAUAAAUGUUAUAAACAUUGUGGUAUUUUGGGGCAAAGUUUUUUCCUUACUGCACUGUGUGGAUUUACACAAUGUUCUCUUGUACAAUAUUCUUCUUAUGGAAAUGAUGUAAUUUCUUUGUACCUAUACUUGGACUACCUGCCCAUGUUCAAUUGUUGAUGAACCAUGCUUGAGUCUAAAUAAAAACUACAAAUUAAAAAAAAAAAGAGUACAGGUAUAUUAUAUAGUUUAGUAUUGUGCUGUGAUCCUUUCUAUACUAGUUGCUUGAUGGGGGGAGGGCGGGGAGGGGAAUCUUCUCCCCAUUACUAGCCCUCUCAUGACUGAAGGAUUUGGAUCAUAACAACUAGGGAUGUAUGUCUCAGAUAUUGGAGCAGAGUCUACAAGAGGACAAGACUAGACAGAACUAAAGCAGGCAGGGAAUAGCUCCACAUGAGCUACAGAACAGGACCAACCACAGAUAGCUAGAUUCCGAUAGCUACACAAAGAUAUUUAAUGACAGGAUGUAAACAAGAUCUUGGAACAUGGAAUCGGACAACUGCCUGUAAUCUGUGGCCAAGAUAAACUCGGUGAUGAAUAGCAGAAUCUGUGUGAAGCCUCUGGUCAUAGAAUUCUCUCGUAGGUCAUGAAACAAUGUCACAGGAGUAGAAAAGAUCUUACAAACUAAACUCCAGAAUGCAAACCUAUAGUACUGCUAAUAGUAGAAUGUAUGGUAUAAAGACCUCAUUGCAAGGCACGGACGGGUUGGCCAUCUACUGGGUCCCCGGGCAAAAUUAAGUCCUCGGACAUUUGAAAGACAUUAUGUUAAUAGUAAAGGGUAACUUUAUUUUUUAUGUGAUGUUCCAUUUUUUUAAAUUGAUGUUAAAAGAUUUAGUAAAUUACAUCAAAAUCCAGUUUAGUCAUUGCACAACUAUGGCACAAUGUAAUGUUUCUACUCCUCUCUCGAUGCUUAAACUCUGUUGGAUAACUUACCAGGGUCAACAUACAGAGCUUUUAUCAAUGACUAACAAAGGACCAAGAUGGAGGCACCAAAUUGUAGGAUAAAGAGAUGUGUAUUUCCACACUAUGUUUUUUUGUUUUUGUUUUUUUGUGUUAGAGUUAUUUAGGUGUAGUGAUGUUAAGUGUGAAAAGCAUAUUUGUAUGUGGCAAAAUUAGUUUGUAAGACAAGAGGUUAUUUGCAUGUAGUAUAAGUGUGUGAAUGCAUUGUACUAUUAGUGAGAAUAGAAAUGUGUGUGAAUGUAAACUGAAUAUGUACGAUGUACUUGUUAAUCUCCAAAUUGUACUAAAUUAAUAUUCAAAUGGGAAAAAUUAGGGUAACAUGAGCUAUGAGAGUAUCUGAAUUGCAGAGCCUUUUUUUUAUCAGUUACUUCAGCCUAAAUUUAGCAUUUUAGAUUUUAAUUUGCAUCAAUUCAGAGUUUAACAAAUACACCUAUUUGUGUUGAACAUUGGUGUAAAUACAGCAGUGUUAUUUGAGAUGAAUAUCAGGGAAUGCAGGAUUGUAUCUGUUAGGUGUGUUAGAAUUGUGUGAAUACAGGAAUAUAUUAGUGUGAGUGUUGGUGUGUGUGUAUAAAUACAGGGGUGGGUUUGUAUGGAGGGCCUAUGUUUGUGUGUAAAUGCUGUUGUGAAUAGUAGCUAGAUGUCUGUGGUGUGUCGGUGUGUGUGUGUGUGUGAGCGUAUGAGUAUAUUUAUAUGAAUGUAGUGUAGUGUAUUCACAAGGAAUGUCAAUAUGUGUGUGAAUUCAGGGCUGUAUUUGUGUCAAGUGUCAAUGUAUGUUAAAGGUACACUGAAUGCACUCUAAUCACUACAACUGUGUUUAUGCAUGUCUGCUUGUCAUUUUCUUUACACAAAGGUUAGUGAUUUCACUGAGGGGAAAAAACAAACAAAUGUUUGAAACAUUUUCCCAUAAAAAGUGUUAGAAAUGGACUUUAAAAACCAUAACCACUGCAGCUUGAUCCUGUUGUUAUGGUUCAGGGAUUCUGUGGAAGUCUCCACCCAAUUUGUAUAAAAUAAUUUCAGUAAAAAAAAUAACAAAUACUCCCGUUAUCUACAGCCUGGCCCAUAUGGCUAAUAUAAUAUUGAAUGUCUGCAUCAGACCGUCCAAGUUUGGAUGACAAUAAGAGGCCAGUGCAGAUUGCGCGGUAGGCUGUAGUGUUGAUGAUUAGAGUGUGCCUUUAAUUGUAAGAUCAAUUGCCAACCUAUGGAAUUUUCAUCACGUGUAUUGUUUGCAAGCCUGGGGAAGUUGAAAUCCCCUGUCCAUGGUACUGGAAUAGAAAAUGGACCAAUGUUUGUGGUAGCUUUGUUACUGUAGCUACAUUUAUCAGUAUUUUUUUUAGCAGUUAUUUGUUUCAUUAUUGCUAUUAGUAGUAGUAGGAGUAUAUGUAUUAGUAAGAUAUUCUAGUAUUAUAUUAUACAUUAUUAUUAUUAAUACUUGUAUUAGUAUAUCAUUCUUCAACAUAUAACACAUAUAGUGAUGUCCCGAACGGUUCGCCACGGACUCCUCAUUGAGUAAACUUUGACCCUGUACCUCACAGUCAGCAGACACAUUCCAGCCAAUCAGCAGCAGACCCUCCCUCCCUCCCAGACCCUCCCACCUCCUGGACAGCUCACUAAGAAUGCAGCUUCACAAUGGAUGCUGUCCAGGAGGUGGUAGGGUCUGCUGCUGAUUGUUUACUCAAUGAUGAGUUCGUGCCGAACCGUUCGCGAACCGUUCGGCGAACAUUUCGGGACAUCACCAAACACAUACCAAACUAGCCAAUCUUAUUUCCAAAUUAUAUAGUAGCUGGCAUACAUUGGGAAGGAUCUGAGUAUGCCAUCCUGCUACGUUUGUGUGGAAUCGGGAGAGGUGUGAAAUCGGGAGAGAGAGGUAUAGGGCAGAAUGGGUGAGUGUGAGUAUCAGUGAUGCCAUAAGCGUCAUGGUGACAUUAAGGGUUAAUCUUUGUUUCGACGGUUAAAAAAAAUACCACUACCAUUAGAGAUUUUACCUUAUAGUCGAAAACAGCAAGGUGAAUUGUUAGUAUAGGACUCACCUAAGAUAUUUUGCCUUGACGUGGAAGGUGAGCAUACACUUUGUGGCCAUUGGAGUGAUACUAAAAAAACUUCCAAUUAUUUAAAUAUGCAUAGGGAUUUGGGAUAGUGCGCAAGUAACUUUUCUUUGGUUUUUGUUGUAUGUAUUUGGGCUGAUGUGUACUAUAGUCAUUGCUGCUGCCCAGGAGUAAUGGGAGUUUGAGCGCAGGGAUUAAUGUAUGUUUGUCAUGGUUGGCAUGCUGCCCAAAGAAGGGUUGUCUCAUCUCGGCAUGCAUAUGUGCCGGAAUGGUAGGUUGUCCCUCUGACAAAUACCUGGAAAAUGAUAAUACCAUGUCAGACACGUGUUAAGUCUAUUAGACCUGGCUUUAAAAUAAUAUAUUUACCUUUGUGGAACAUUUUAAUUUUUUACAAAUUCUUUACUUAAUAUUUUUUUGUUUGUUUUUUUUGCAAAAAAUUAGCGUUGUAUAUAAACAUUGCGUACAUUUGUUUGAUACAGCUAAUGUAUGUAGGUACAAAAGAACGAUGUAACAUGACAAAGAACAGAGAUAUCACAGUCUGUGAUAGGUAUAAAGUCAUAAAUAGAACAUUGUAUAACCAUACGUGUUGGUGUCAUGUAUAACAGAAACGGUUGUGAGAGAGAUGGUAUUUUGUCUGUUGUCACACCCAGAAGGUAUUUGUAGUGAUAACCAUAUCAGAUAAGUGGUGUGAGGCUUGUUGGAAUCUCAUUUAUGAUGGCCGUAAAGAUUUUUGUGUCCCGUAUGGUGAAGCCCAUCUAUAUCGUGCAGAAAGUAGUGUUUUGUGUAAUUUUGGGUCUUAUGAUAUCGUGUUACAGUGGUUAAGUGUUGUCAAAGUGGUUAAGUGUGGUGGUGGUAUUCGCUUGGUGAGAUAAAAUCAAGGUUCGCUAGGUUUGCGUAAGGUGGCGCUGGAUAUUGUCCUUAAAUCUUUGGUUCCAAAUGUCUUUAUCUGGUGAGUAUAUAAGUGAGAUCUAUAAUGGGUAUGGUAGAGAGUACCUCUGUGAUUGCAAACCUUGGGUUUGUGGAAUCUUUAAUAAAUACAUUUAUGGAAUUCUCCAUUCUUUGCUCAUACCAAUUGUUUUAAAUUGCCAAGCUUUGCACUAUUAGAACACUCAAGUUCCUCCAUCCCAAUAAAAAAUUCUAUUUAAAAAAUGAACACUUCCUUGGUACCUUGUAUUGUCAUUCAAGUUCGCUAAAACACUUUGUCCUCUUUUUUUUAUUUUACAAAAAGCACAGAUUUCAAUAGAAAUUGGCACUUCUAUAAAUUAAAGGGACUGUAUAGUUACAAAAACCACUACAGCUUAAUGUAGUGGUUCUGGUGACUAUAGCAUGUCCCUGCAGUCUUAUCACUGCUCAGAGAAAGGCAGUGUUUACUGUUUACUCUAAUGGCAGUCACUCAGACGGCCACUAAAGGGACUUUCUAGAUAUGUGUUGCACAGUGUGCAGCCCCUACGUUCAGCGUCUCCAAGCUGUGCAUGGAGGUGUUGAACAUUUCCAAUAGAGAUGCAUUGAUUCAAUUUAUUUUUUUGAGGAGAUGCUGAUUGGAGCAAUGUGGCGUUCUCAUGCACAGUAGCCUCCAAUGCUUUCUUAUGGGAAAGCAUUGGAUUAGCUGAGAUCAUCAAGAUUGAUGAGCUCUGCCAUUGAAGUGGGGACAGCUGCGUUGAGACCGGCGCAGUGAGAGAAAAAAACGUGAGUAAAAUACUGUUUCAUUGCGAUCUAAUGGGGGCUGGUAACCUAAACAGCCUCACCAGCACCAAAGUGUUAGUAAUACAUUUUUGUAUUCCAAAAACUACAGUGUUCCUUUAACCUUGUUACACCCCACCCUCUCCCAGCUGUCAAUCAGACAACCAGUCCUGUUACUUCCUGGUAGUCUAGCUCAGUGGAGCUAAACUGAAGAGGCAGCAAUUGCCCAGAACACCUGCCUUGGAAAGACUUCUCAUUGAGCUGCAUUGGGACGUCUGUGAUUGGACAGACACAGGAAGUCUGGGUUCAAGACGAAGGGGAGGGCUUUCAAAGGCUGCAGACAAAAUAUCUACAUCUUUUGCAAAUUGCUUUAAAAUAUACCCUCAACAAAAAUGCAUGCAUGUUUUCAUUUUGGUAUAUCUACUAAAGAGGGAUUUUUAAAAAAUUUUUUUGUAUUUGGGCAAAGGAGCAUCCCUUUAAGCACUCCCUCUGCUUUGAUGCUCAGUGACUGUGACCCAUAGAGAGCACUUAAAGUGAUAUGCUCCCAUCUGAGAUGCAGACCACAUGCUCCCUCGCUAUAGUGAAGAGAGAUCUUUUUGUGUCUCUACUGGCCCGUUGGGCUGCUGGGUGCCUCUUCUGUGACGCACUUACCCCAUGGGGUAUGCAUACCAUGACGUUAGAAUCAGGGCCCUUUAGUGUCCUGGUAUUGUCCCUCUGGUUUAAUGUCAUGACGUUUAAGAAUGGUUUGACAUAAACUGGUGUUCUUCCCAGCGAGCUCUCGUGGUUUAUGUUGCUUAAGAAGCUAUUUUGACAGAGUUCACUGUAAUUCCAGACAACAAAGGGAGCUUCCUUAUUUUGCAUACACUGGCUAAAGACAGCUUGCUAGAAAUCACGAGGUUACAACAUCUGUUAUUUGUUUAUCAAGAAUCACACAAUUACAACUUAUGCCAAGAAAGAAAAAUGACCCAUAGCUACAGGGCUUUGAUGUGUCAGCAACAAAACUGUGCAGGAUACACAGAUAGUCUGUCUCUCUCCCACCAAAAUGUGCAUGUGUCUACAAAAUAGCAUCAGGUUAGUAACAUUCCGCAAAGCUGUAGGCAUUGAUGAUAAAUACCUCUGACCAAUGUAAUGUGUGUACAUAUUGCUUUAACCCCUUAAGGACACAUGACAUGUGUGACAUGUCAUGAUUCCCUUUUAUUCCAGAAGUGUGGUCCUUAAGGGGUUAAAGCCCAGAUCUCACUUCAUGUAUCACUUCAAGUUUUUAGUCUGAAAAAAGCUGUUGUAAAGCUAUCAAUGUGUGUUUGCCAUAGUACUAAAUAAACAUUUAUUUUUCAUGCAACCAAGAAAAGUUGGCUGCGAUGGUUAUAGUGCUUGGAGUGUUCCAUUAAGAAAUGGUGUGUAAGCAGAAAUAGAUUUUUUUUUUAAAGUACAUAUAUAAAUUAAACAAACAAUGGACCUCUGUCAACGAGGUGAGACCUGGCAAUGUAGAAACACCUAUUCCUUCACACCAUAGAUUGCAGUGUGAAGAUAAAAAUAGGUCAGGUGUGUACCCAUGACUCUGGAACAGGGGUAGGCAACCUUUGGCACUCCAGAUGUUGUGGAUUACAUCUCCCCAGAUGCUUUGCCAGCUUUAUGUCUGUGGGAGCAGUAUAGGAGAUGUAGACCACAACAUCUGUAGUGCCAAAGGUUGCCUACCCCUACUCUACAAGGUGGUUGAAAUGAAAUGAAUUGAGGCUUCAGACUACCCCUUCACACCCAAAAGGAGGGUUCCAAUGGUCCUUCUCUACCCCUCAACCAGUAUGCUACAAGCGUGAAGUUAAAAAUUGAGUAGGUAAGCACUCCCAUAUGUGGUGGUAUGGAGGAGGUGGUAUCAAUGAAUUUGAGGGUCAAGUGGACCACAUAUGCCAGACAUAGAAACAUAGACUGUGACGGCAGAUAAGAACCAUUUGGCCCAUCUAGUCUGCCCAAUUUUCUAAAUACUUUCAUUAGUCCCUGGCCUUAUCUUAUAGUUAGGAUAGCCUUAUGCCUAUCCCACGCAUGCUUAAACUCCUUUACUGUGUUAACCUCUACCACUUAAGCUGCAACAGUGUCAAAAGCCUUACUGAAAUCUAGGUAAGCAAUGUCUACUGCACCACCCUGAUCUAUAAUUUUAGUCACCCAAUCAAAAAAAUCAAUAAGAUUAGUUUGGUAUGAUCUCCCUGAAGUAAACCCAUGGUGUCUCUGAUCUUGAAAUCCAUGUGUUUUUAGAUGUUCAACAAUCCUAUCCUUUAACAUGGUUUCCAUCACUUUCCCCACUACUGAAGUAAGCCUUACUGGCCUAUAGUUGCCCGACUCCUCCCUAUUACCUUUCUUGUGAAUAAGCACAACAUUCGCUAACUUCCAAUCUUCUGGGACUACUCCUGUUAACAAUGAUUGGUUAAAUAAAUCUGUUAAUGGUUUUGCUAGUACACCACUAAGCUCUUUUAAUAGCUUUGGGUGUAUUCCAUCAGGUCCCAUUGCCUUAUUUGUCUUUACUUUUGACAGUUGAAAUAGAACAUUGAGUGGUAUGAGUGGUACUGUUCUGGAUCAAACCAAGUGUUUGUUCAUUUGAGUAUCUGCCCCUGUCCAAAUUGUGUAAAAUAAGGUGCAUGCACGCGGAAGUAAAUCACACUGAGACACAAGUUUCAGGUUAAUGAAAAACUUCGGAAUGUUUACUAAGAGGGGCGGCAGAUCCCUUAUAAAGCAGAAAAUACAUCAUAUGCAAAACAUGAGAUAACAGAAAGAAUACAUCUUUAAUUAGUCAAUGUAACGGAUCGACGGGCACCCCGAAUGGGUACCUCCGUUAAAGGAUGCUCCUAGCGCUUCCAGAGGGUUUCCAGCACUCCACCAGACACCAUAACCACCGUAGACUCCUUCAGAGAGCAAAAACAGGAACAAGCUCUUACAAGAGCUUAGCAGUGAAUAUAGCAAGAGAGUAUGCAGAGCAUAGCAAUCCCUUGUAGCAGGUUCCCCCAAUAAGAGACGACACUCCAAACUGAUGGUGAAGUCAAACUGACUGUACUGGCCCAUACAGCCUCUUUUAUUCACAUUGUACAAACAUAGUACUGCCCACAGGGUUUUGAAGAACAACCAAUAAAUACAUACAAUACACUCAGACACUACCACGGUAAAGACAGACACUAACCCUAUGGUCCCUUAAAAUAAUGUAGCUUAUCGUAAUCCUCCUCAUCUAUCUCCUGAUAAAUGAACGUCGGUGUGGCUUGAUCUGCUGUUUUCUCUAAACAUUUCUUAAUGCAGGGAAGAACACAACAAACAAUGAGAGCAAGGAUGAUCAACAUUAUCAGGACUGCCACACCUAUUUGAGCCAGAACUUUCUGCCAACCAGUCAUCCAUCCAAGCCAUCUGUCCCAUGGAUCAGUGACCCCAGAGUUCCUCUUUAACUCUUCUGAGAGACUCUCUAACUUCUCUAUUGCCAGGGUCACCUUGCCAUUGGGGCUUGUGUUAUCAGGCAUGUGGGUGCAACACGUCAUGGUGUCAGGGAGUAUUUUACAUACCCCCAUUUCUCUGCUAGGAUCAUGUCUAGGGCCAUUCUAUUCUGGAAAGUCAUCUGAGAUGUGGCCUGAAGUUCCUUAGCCAACCCCUGGAGGGCAUCUCUUGUGUAGUUUACAAACCGUUGUUGGUUAUAAUAAAUAUAUAUAUAUAUAUAUAUAUAUAUAUAUAUAUAUAUAUAUAGUGAUCCAAUUCAACUUAUAUUGGCUGUGAUGAUAGGGAGGAUGGAUUCAAACCUAGCUGCAACUUCAUCUCUAGCCUUGAAUUCAUCAGGCACCCCCCUUGGCACUCCAAUGGCAUCUAUAUACACAUGAGGGUCGAAACUGCCCUUUACAGGAGUGCCUCUUCUGGAUCUGAUGUGUGAGUGUGACUUGUCAUGUGCAACUGGGUGGCUGUCAGAUAUAAUGUGUAUUGGCAUAAUAACUUUGGCCAGGGUGCAUUCCCCCCACCAUAAAUCUUCCAACCUUGACUUAAGUUGCAUAUGCCCACACAACCAAUAUAUGUCCCCCAGGGAUUUAACAUGUUUUUGUAGCAGGGCGAGUGGAACUGUGCUAUAAGUGGCACAAUAUUUACCAGUGAAAUUACCCAAGAACCGGCCUUUCCCACCAUAUUUACCGUAGCAGGUGUAGUUCCCUGGGUAUAUAGUGAUAGCCUUGUCUAGUUUGAUGUUCUUAGUCAUAAGUGGGUAUUCCUUUUUCCAUGAUUCAAAUACUGACUGAUUAGUUUUAAGGUUAGUGUAGAGGCUUAGGAAACACAAUUCUAUGUCGGGGGGUAGGACUAGGGGUACAGUACCUAGGUGGGGUCUGGCUCCUCCACAGAUGCAUAGCUCUAAAUUACAACUAGAGGGAACUGGUACUUGGGGUAAUAAAAUACAGUUAGAUGUUUGGACUUGGACUCAAUAUAUACACUCUUAUAAAAGAGGCAACAUUUCAAACUCAAUAUUGUGAUAAGCACCAUAAAUUGGUUACUCAUUUUUAAUAUUCCCAGCAUUCACUACACAAGGAAUUAUGGGGAAUUGCCAAUGGAUCUACAAAUUUUAGGACAAAGUACUAGAGCUCAAAAAACAUGACAAGGAACUGAAUUUGAUAUCUUUCUUUCUGCUUUGGCUAGUUUAGCCUGACAUUGACAGUUUCCUUGUCAAUUGUCCACAAUUCUUUGUUGACCAAGUAAGGCACAAUGUUACACAGCCUUACAUAUAGUCAGGUCCAUAAAUAUUGGGACAUCGACACAAUUCUAAUCUUUUUGGCUCUAUACACCAACACAAUGGGUUUGAAAUGAAACAAACAAGAUGUGCUUCGACUGCAGACUUUCAGCUUUAAUUUGAGGGUAUUUACAUCCAAAUCAGGUGAACGGUGUAGGAAUUACAACAGUUUGUAUAUGUGCCUCCCACUUUUUAAGGGACCAAAAGUAAUGGGACAGAUUAACAGUCAUAAAUCAAACUUUCACUUUUUAAUACAUGGUUGCAAAUCCUUUGCAGUCAAUUACAGCCUGAAGUCUGGAAUGCAUAGACAUCACCAGACGCUGGGUUUCAUCCCUGGUGAUGCUCUGCCAGGCCUCUACUGCAAUUGUCUUCAGUUCCUGCUUGUUCUUGGGGCAUUUUCCCUUCAGUUUUGUCUUCAUCAAGUGAAAUGCAUGAUCAAUCGGAUUCAGGUCAGGUGAUUGACUUGGCCAUUGCAUAACAUUCCACUUCUUUCCCUUAAAAACUCUUUGGUUGCUUUUGCAGUAUGCUUCGGGUCAUUGUCCAUCUGCACUGUGAAGCGCCGUCCAUUGAGUUCUGAAGCAUUUGGCUGAGCAGAUAAUAUUGCCCGAAACACUUCAGAAUUUAUCCUGCUGCUUUUGUCAGCAGUCACAUCAUCAAUAAAUACAAGAGAACCAGUUCCAUUGGCAGCCAUACAUGCCCACGCCAUGACACUACCACCAUGCUUCACUGAUGAGGUGGUAUGCUUUGGAUCAUGAGCAGUUCCUUUCCUUCUCCAUACUCUUCUCUUCCCAUCACUCUGGUACAAGUUGAUCUUAGUCUCAUCUCUCCAUAGGAUGUUGUUCCAGAACUGUGAAGGCUUUUUUUAGAUGUUGUUUGGCGAACUCUAAUCUGGCCGUCCUGUUUUUGAGGCUCACCAAUGGUUUACAUCUUGUGGUGAACCCUCUGUAUUCACUCUGGUGAAAUCUUCUCUUGAUUGUUGACUUUGACACACAUACACCUACCUCCUGGAGUGUUCUUGAUCUGGCCAACUGUUGUGAAUGGUGUUUUCUUCACCAGGGAAUGAAUUCUUUGGUCAUCCACCACAGUUGUUUUCCAUGGUCUUCCGGGUCUUUUGGUGUUGCUGAGCUCACCGGUGCGUUCUUUCUUUUUAAGGAUGUUCCAAACAGUUGAUUUGGCCACACAUAAUGUUUUUGCUGUCUCUCUGAUGGGUUUGUUUUGUUUUUUCAGCCUAAUGAUGGCUUGCUUUACUGAUAGUGACAGCUCUUUGGAUCUCAUAUUGAGAGUUGACAGCAACAGAUUCCAAGUGCAAAUAGCACAAUUGAAAUGAACUCUGGACCUUUUAUCUGCUCCUUGUAAAUGGGAUAAUGAGGGAAUAACACACACCUGGCCAUGGAACAGCUGAGCAACCAAUUGUCCCAUUACUUUUGGUCCCUUGAAAAGUGGAAGGCACAUAUACAAACUGUUGUAAUUCAUACACCAUUCACCUGAUUUGGAUGUAAAUACCCUCAAAUUAAGGCUAAAAGUCUGUAGUUAAAGCACAUCUUGGUUGUUUCAUUUCAAUCCCAUUGUGUUGGUGUAUAGAACCAAAAAGAUUAGAAUUGUGUUGAUGUCCCAAUAUUUAUGGACCAGACUGUAAGUGUGUGUUUAGGUAUAAUUACAUAUAGUUGGAGUAAUUGCUUUACCUUCUCCAUGACUGCCACGUGGUUUGGUAAUUCAUACACCCUAUGAAAAGAGAAAUGUUGGACGGGCAUUCUAAUUAAAGUACUUCGCGUACAAGAUUUCCAAAAGUCUACCUCUGUUUCUGCUACAGGAAUAUUCCACCAACAUGUGUUUUUUAUCACCACGGGCCUGUGAUGAUAACCACAUUAAAAACACACACUCAAUGGCUGCCAUAUUGGGUGGAUUGUGGUUUCGGUUCCAUUCCAAUGAACGUCGAAAUGGUAGAUAUUUUAGAGCAGAAUUGUGGUGAAUUUGUAAUAAACAGUUUUGAGUUUAAAGUAAGCUCAGGGUGGUGUACGAUGCUGAGGGGAUUACAUCAUGCACAAUACAGUGCCCUCUUGUUUUCCAUUGAGUAAGCUAUUUUUUUAAUUUCUUUUCAAAAAAGAGUUACUUUAGGUCAUUAAAUACGAUUAACUCAGGUCAAACAACAGAACAGUUUUGUUCUACUUAAAAUGCAAGACAAAAAAAUCAACAAACUUGUGAAAAGCUGUUUUCAUAUUAUAGCUAUAAAAAUCUCAGCAUAUUAAAGGUAAUUUCUGUCUCUCUCUCUCUGUAUGUAAAAGGUAUAGUGUACACUUAAAGUAGGAACAUUGCCUAAAAACAAAAACGCUUGUAUUUUCCAGGCCUCCCAACUGUCCUAAAUCUGGUGGGACUAUACUAAUUUUGGGGUUCUGUCCUGCUGUUCUAGGUUUGUUUCCUGGUGUCCCACUUGAUGGAACUUUAUUGAACUAUCCCUAGAAAGCUUCCAACCUUGUUGAGGCUGGCAAGCACGAUUGUCUGGCAGCCCCACAUGCUUUCACCCUAGGUUUACAUGCCUGUUCUUCUGGCGAGUCCUUUGUUGGGCACCAGUGCACAUGUCCAUUUUACAGGUCCAUACACUUUAUGGGGAGCCAAUGUUUGCAGGGGGGAGGGGGUAUGGUUUGCUUAUUUAAGCUCUAUGGUCACAUUUGCGUAAAGUUAUCUUAUAUUUUGUAUAACCUUUUUUUUCCCUCAGAAUGGCCUGAAAUCUUUCAUAGAUUUUUUGGCAACACAUUACCGGUACUCCUAAAAACCUCUCUUUCCAUCUCACCAAAGGUCCACUACUAUAGUGAGAACUGGGGACUAGGCCGCUAAUUUGAGAAGAAUUAAGAUACUGUGAUGCUGAAGAUAUCAUUUGAGGAUUACAUCUCUCGCAAUAUUAGUUACUCUACCAUUCAAAUGUUGCUCACCUAAUUAAAAAGCAGAAUUAUCAACAUUAUGUAGGAGAACAAUAUAUUUUCUUCUACUAAAAACUUAAUUCUGGUGAUCCCAUAUUCUUUCUUCAUCUGCUGGCUUUAUCAUGUCUAACCCUUGACUUAAUUUGGACUUUAAAGAAAUUCAUGUAAAAAACCUAAUGUGUACCAAGAAACAUCAUGGAUAAUUAACACAGUUUCGUACACAUUCUGACCUUGCUAUCUGUAGGACACGUUGAAAUUUAAAAAAUGUAUAUGUUUCAUCUACCUGUUGUUCUUAUAUCCAAGAUUCAUUUUUUCACAUCUCUGUUGUGAGGACUGGUAGCUUGAGUGUUUGAUCUUUAUAUUAUGUUAACCAAGACUGGCUAUUGUAUUAUGACCUCUCUAAUUGGUAGGCCACUUUUACAUGCAAAUUCUGUUUUAUUUGUUUUGGUUUUCAAACAAUUUUAUGCCAACAUUAAACAUAGCGUUUGUACAGUAUAAAUUGAACCCUAAAAACACUUCUUGACAUUUUUCUAGGCUGACCUAAAGAGUAAUGGUGAACAUUUCAUGUUUAGACUGUGCAUUCUUAUUGCCGUAUAUUCAAGUAAUUUGACUUUGUCACCUUCAGGUUAAGAAGCACAAUGGCCCAAGCGAUGUACCUUCUGCUUUUAACCCUACCUCUUGUGAUAUCAGUUUCCCACCCUGUUAAUCCUGGCUGCAGAAUAAGGAUUACCUCAAAGGGGCUACAAUUUGGUAAGAAGACCGAUUCCACAAAACGUGUGUGAUGUGUUGAGGUUUCAGAACUUUGAUGCAGUGCGAGAGUUGGACUUUAUCAAAUCAUGAGUGAGGAAAGAGAUGAAAUACAAUUAUUGAUAGUAUUGUAAGGGUAUGAUGAAAUUGUAAUGGUGAUAUGAUUGGGAGUUGAUUACCUGAGCACAGGUGGACCUGUGUUUAGCUAGAUAAGAGCUACAAAGCUGCAUAAUGAGGGCUGAGCUGCAGACAUUUUGCUUUAUUCUAAUACGUAUACUCUGAAACCAUGGUCUAUAUAUUCAGUCCAUAGGGACUCAGUUAACCAAGUAUUUUCUGUCCAGUUAAACACGAGGGCCUGAAAUUUGUGGAAGAAGAGCUUGAGAACAUCACAAUUCCAGACUUGACCGGCAACGAAGGAAGAUUCUCAUACAGCAUCAACAAGUGAGUGUCGACCAGUUUGUUUUUAUGUGUACAUAAAUUGUUUAUACAAGUUUUGCCUUGUGUAGCAUUUGUUACAGAUGUUCUAAUGUUCUCUUCCAGUGUGCGUGUGACACAUUUGCAGCUCCAUUUCUCAGAGUUAUUGUUUCAACCACACAAGCAACUAGUUUUGGACAUAAAUAACGCCUCCAUCAGCCUCACCUUUCAGCGAAAACUGCUGUACUGGCUUUUGUAAGUACCCUUUACAUAUGAUUACCAGGUUCAGUGGGUUCUGAUGUAGACAGAGUAGAUGCACAAAUUUGCAGUAUAGAGAAUAUAGAUGAUUAGAAGAGCUCAAAGAGUGGUUUUCACUUAAGUAAUAAUGGAACAGUGGUCAAAGCUGUCAUCACCUGUUUACUGAGUGCCAUCUUAACAGCAUUAUGGGCCCCCUAGGCAAAGCAGUGGACUGGGGCUCUGCCUUCACAACAACUAAAAGGAAUAAAAAUGUAAAUUAUCGCUAAAAUUAAGCUUAUAUUUAUUGGUACCUCCAGCAAAUGCAAUACAUACAUAUACACAGACUGCUGAACACAUUUACACACAAACUGCUGAAUACACACACACAGACUGCUAAGUACACAAAGACGGACUGCUAAAUACAUACACAGUCCACUGAAUACACACACACACACACACAGACUCCUGAAUACACACACAGACACACACACUGCUGAAUACACACACUGAAUUCGCACAGGCUGCUGAAUUCACACAGACUGCUGAAUACACACAGACUACAGUGAGAGGUGCAGUGUAUGUGUUUGUGUGUAGGGGUGCUGUGUGUGUAUGGGUGCUGUGUGAGGGGUGCUGUGUGUGUGUGUGUGUGUGUGUGAGGGGUGCUGUAUGUGUGUGAGAGGGAUGCUGUGUGUGUGUGUAGGGGUGCUGUGUGCUAGGGGUUCUGUGUGUGUGAGAGGUGCUGUGUGUGUGUGUGUGUGAGAAGUGACUGUGUGUGUGAGAAGUGACUGUGUGUGUGAGGGGUGCUGUGUGUGUAAGAGGGGUGCUGUGUGUGAGGGGUGCUGUGUGUGGGGGUGCUGUGUAUGUGUGUGUGUGUAUGCUGUGUGUGUGUGAGGGGUGAGUGGUGUGUGUGUGUGUUGCAGAGUUAAGGGGUGCAUGGAGCAAAUGUUUAAUUGUUUUUUUAUUUUUUUAAAAUAAUAAAUGUACAGUACAUCAAUGAAAUCUUAAUGCCCCCCCCCAACCCUUUUUCUUACCUUUUGUGAAAGAGGGGGGACACUGCCCUGGCGGUCUAGUGGUGGUGAUCUAUAGCCUGCAGCUCCUCUGGCAGCAGGCUAUCUUCACUCCUCCCGAGCUGAGCGCUGUGUGGAACGAUGGCAACGCGUGGCAAUGCUCCACACAGCAUGUUUGUGGGAAGGACGAUCUCCUCCCAUGUCCUUCUCUUCCUCCCUAUCAGGCAGCCUCUGGGCCCUCCUUUUUUUUUUUACACACUACUCUUAGGGUUGUCAGGUAUUUCUCAUGUAUUUCUUAUGGUUGCCAGGUAUUUCCCAGAAGUAUUUCUCAGGUAUUUUAGCCUGUCUAGCCAGUGACGGUAUAAUAGAAAUGUCUAUCUCAGUAUAAAGAGAGAUUAUUCUGCAAUACCAGCGCCAGCCAAUAGGUGUCGCUGUUUGUGUGUAGAGAGGCAGGGAUAAGAAGUUACAGCAUCUCCCUCCCUGCCUCUCUCUACUCACUGAUCUGCGGGGGAGCAGCUCUGCACAGAGAGUCCAGACAGCAGCUCCGAGCCUGCGAGACAUGGGGAUGGUGAGAGAUUUGGGAAACUGGGAGACAUAGGGACACUGGGGAACAUGGGGAUCCUAAAACACUAGGGACACAGUGGCCCCAUGUCUCCCAGUGGCCCCUAGCCUCUCAGUGUCCCCAUGUCUCCCAGCCAGUGUCCCUAGUGUCUUAGUGUCCCCAUGUCUCCCAGUGCCCCUGAUGUCUCUGUGUCCCCAUGUGUCCCCAUGUGUCCCUAGUGUCUCUGUGUCCCUAGUGUCUGUGUCCCUAGUCUCUCAGUGUCCCCUAGUCUCUCAGUGUCCCAAUGUCUCUAAGUGUCCCCUAGUGUCCUAGUGACAUCGGGACACUGGGAGACAUGGGGACACAGACUCUAAGGGACACUAGGGGACACUGGGCGACAUGGGGACACUGAGACACUAGGGGACACCGAGAGACAUGGGGACACUGGGCAACUUUGAGACCUGGGAGACAUGGGGCACUCCCAGUAUCCCCAUGUCUCCCAGCCAGUGUCCCUAGUAUCUCAGUAUCCCCAUGUCUCCCGGGAUCCCUGUUGUCUCUCAGUGUCCGUAGUGUUCCAGUGUCCGUAGUAUUUCAGUGUUUCCUAGUCUCCCAAAGUCCCCUAGUCUCCCAGUGUCUCAGUGUUACAAUGUCUCCCAGUGUCCCCAUGUCUCCUAGUGUCUCAGUGUCCCCUAGUAUAAAAGAAAACAAUCUCAGGCACUCACUCUGAUAGAUUUAAGCAGGUGUAUUGGACACCGCAACGUGUUGACCUGUACCCAGAUCUUUAUCAAGUCUCUAGUGUCCCCUAUGUAUCACAGUGCCUCAGUGCCCCUUGUCUCCCAGUGUCCCCUUGUGUCUCAAAGUCACCCAAUAUCCCCAUGACUCCCAGUUCCCCAAGAGUCUCAGUCUCCCCAGGUCUCCCAUUGUUUCCUAGUAUUUCAGUGUCCCUAUAUCUCCCAGUGUCCCUAUGUCCCCUAGUGACAUGGGGACACUGGGAGACAUGGGGACACAAACACUAAGGGACUGGGAGACAUGGGGACACAGACAGGCCCCUUUUUGUGUAUGUUCGCCCCUUUCGGCAGUUCUGGUUAUGUGAUUUGUGUCAGUGGCCCACCCUUUUACCCCGCCCAUAGACUUCCUGCUUUACUGGACACUGCUGUUAGGGGUAUGGGUUUACUUGAAAGAUGAAAGCGUGAGAUUAGCAUAGGGUAUGUGUUUUCUCAUAGCUGCAUCCUAUGAGUUUCCCUUCAGUACCAUCUCCAUCAGAUACAUGACGCUUAGGAGGUGUGACUGUUUUAGUGUUUUUGGUCAAUAAGAUUUUGUAAUUAGGCCCAUCAUAAUUGUCAGCAACAGGCCCACUGGGCUUUUAAUCUGGCCGUGGCUGGGCAUCACGCUGGGGGGCUUGUGGGGCCCCCGGGCAACUGCCCAGCGUGCCCAUGUGCCCAUGUGUAUACAUUGGUUUAUUUUAGAAUACACAAACUUGCACUUGCAAGAAGAAAUGUGUCUGAGACUUUAUUAAGGCACCUUUUAUUCUUUGUUGUUAAAAUGUAAAGAGCCAUAGAUGUAAGAACAUAGAAAAACAAUCCGAGGUCUUUACACAACUUCACUGAACAUAUUUUAUUCAAGCUCUGGACUUAUAGGCCUAUAAGUAACGUAAAUUAAAACAGGUUUUAUGCCUGAUUUCCUUCCUGGAGAAAUGUUGGUGGAUUUUCUGUGGUAUUGCUACCUUUGGACUACAGUUAGAAUUGUGUGUAGCGCCAUCUAUCGGUAAAUGGGUGAAAGAUAAUGUUCUGAUUGCACCUGAAUAAGCUGUACCAUUAGUUCCGAGCUUAAAAACGCAAGUUUGUUUCAUUGUUUGACCUAUGUAGGCCCUGUAGACAUAGAAUAACUAUUUAUUUUUUUUACUUUGCUUGGAGUGUGCUCUAUGUCUGUAUUAUGUAGCAGGGCUCUAUUCGACACUAGCCAAAGGCAAGUGGAUUUUAAGCACUAGCAAAUAGAAAUUCACCCUUGAAGUGUAUACUACGCUUGCUGUGGCAAGUAACUUUUAAGGCCUGGCUAGUAACAUAGGAAUUCAGAUUUUUAGCACUGAUGUAGGAAUCAUAUAUUUAUUCACGUAUUAACCCUAUUCACUAAGUGCUAAGCAUUGCUAGAAGUAAAUAUCUAACAGAGUAAUACAGGGAGUACAAGUUUUCAAUGCUUAAAAUAUUAUGGAAAGGAACUUUAACAGAGAUACAGUUAAAUGAAGAAGCAUGGAAUGACAAUCAUUUGUUCCAUUUCAUAAUUUGUUUUUCUUUCCAGUUACGAUGUGGGGAUGAUUAAUGCCUCUGCGGAGGGUGUGCAUAUUAAAACAGAGCUGGAUCUGGCACGAGACCCAGGUGGACGUCUGAAGAUUGCCAACUUGUCGUGUGAAGCAUCCAUCAACAAGAUGCAGGCUGGCUUCAGUGGCACUCUCAAGUGAGCGAACCCUGAGAUUUACAUCUUAUUAAUAAACAAUGAACAUAUCUCCACUCGAUCACUAUGAUGCUGUAAAACUGUUGGUUUGAUAUUAAGAUUUUUUAUUCAUUUUGUAACUAGAUAGAUCUCACUUUAAAUAGGGCUCACAAUUUCCACUUGCCUACUGCCCUUUGGGAAGUAGAAAUGUGACCUGCUGAGUGUGCCCUGCAGGCAUGAAGUAUCAAAUACCUUAGGUGCCCUCCUCUAAUUCCUCCUCAUUAUUUGUUAAUCUUUCUACUUAUUCUGUGUGCAUAUUUACUCCUUCCUACUCGGCCAGUUGUCUUUCUUGACCUAGUCAUUCUACAAUUAAUUUUCACUUCUUUCUCUACCCUUACUUGCCCUUUUGCUCGGGUAUCGCCAUGGCUCUUCGCCUUCUCUGAUGUAAGAUUUAUGACAUCUGGCUUCGGCAGAGCUGUCGAUCAUGGCGUACUUUUGGCUAGGCACUCUCAGCCAAAGAUCGCAAUUUGGCACAUGGAAAGCUGCAAAAUUAUAUUAGCCAGGCCAGAACACUAGUUUCGAGAUCGCUACCCCAGUGAUGCUGUUAGCAGUGGAGUAACAUCUCUGGCAGGUUGAUCUCCGUCUGUGCAAAACCCAGGUACCAUAACCACGUUAAAUCACUGAAGUGGUCAUGGUGCUUGAAUUAACCCUUUAAUCAUUAAUGGAGAAUAAUGAAUAUAGAAAGUCUCUGUGUGUGUAUCAGGAUAUAUUUGGAGUACCAAUGACCUGGGCAAUAUCUGCUUAGAAUAUGGCUGACAAAUUUCAGCCCAGGGAAAUUAAAUCAUUAAAUCCAAUGUGUCUGUUUCAGAAUACCGCAUCAUAUAUGUUCUUGCCAGUCUGUGCAACAUAGCACACAAAAUGCAUAGAAGCUCUUCUUCCAUAUGAGGAUCUUAGCCUCAAGCUUUGGCAGCGUUUGUGUCCCAUGUUACAACAUUUUAUGCCUCACUUAUUUUAAUUCAAUUAUAGCAGCCAAGGGGCAUUUGCAAUCACUCCCUUUCUAGCCAGACCACCUGAUGCUAUUAUAAUCACACUUUUACUUUCAUAUAUUAUUAUAUUUAUAUAUAUAUAUAUAUAUAUAUAUAUAUAUAUAUAAAUAUAAAAAAAUUAUAAUAUAACAAUAAUAAUAUUAAAUAUUAUAUGAAUUCCAUAAAAGAAAAAAGAGUGUUUGUCCUAAUGAAAGUUACUAUUCGGAACUGAAACGUUGAUGAUUCUUUGACACUCUUUUCAGUAAAGAAGUUUGUGUGAAAAUACCUGGGAGUGCUGAUUUUUUUCGUUAUAUAUAUAUAUAUAUAUAUAUAUAUAUAUAUAUAUAUAUAUAUAUAUAGGCACGCGCAGCCUGUUGCAUUAGGGUGUGCACCCUAAAGCACAAACACACGCCACAUGUGUAUAUAUAUAUAUAUAUAUAUAUAUAAAAAAUAGAAUAUUCCUUGCACUCACGCUUAAGUAGUCCAAUUUGCCUUAUUAGGCUUGCCGGGUGCCAGUCUUUAGGGUCCUUCAAUGUAGUAUACAAAACAAAGCAGGCUGCACUCACGGACUUUCAAACUUCAAGUGUAAUUUUAUUCCAUCCAAGAAACAAAAACGAUCAACGUUUCGGCCCACGCAGGGGCCUUCAUCAGGAUCAAACAAUACAUACAUACAUACAUACAUACAUACAUACAUACAUACAUAUACUGCUGUUUGUGUGUGUGUGCUGUUAGUGCGCUGUGUGAGGGUGCUGUGUGUGAGGGUGCUGUUAGUGUGAUGUGUGUGUGAGGGUGCUGGUAGUGUGCUGUGUGUGAGGAUGUGGUUUGUGUGUGAGGGUGCUGUUUGUGUGCUGUGUGAGGGUGUUUGUGUAUGUGUGUUAGGGUCCUGUUAGUGUGCUGUGUGUGUGAGGGUGCUGUUUUUGUGAUAUGUGUGUGUGAGGGUGCUGUUUGAGUCGUGUGUUUGUGAGUGUGCUGUGUGUGUUUGUGUGGGUGCUGUUAGUGUGCUGUGUGUGAGGAUGCUCUGUGUGUGAGGGUGCUGUAUGUGUGCUAUGUGUGUGGGUGUCUUGUUUGUGUGUGUGUGUGGGUGCUGUUUGUGUGCUGUGUGUGUGAGGGUGCUGUUUGUGUGCUGUGUAUGUGAGGUUGCUGUGUGUACGCGCUGUUUGUGUUAGGGUGCUGUAUGUGUGUAGGUGCUGUGUAUGUGUGUGUGUGUGCUGUAUGUUUGGAGGGAUUGUGAAGGCGGGGGCAGAUUAGUAAAUAACCCCCCUCCCUUCUUACCUUAUGUAGGGAGGGGGAUCCUUGCUGUCCUAGGGAGAGUGAACUCUAGCCUGCGGGGCUAGAGUUCACUCUUGCGAGAUCUAAACAUUGCCGUGGCAACGCCCAGAUCUCGCGAGAGGAACCUGGCGGAAGCUUCUGUCUAGAGAUCACAGACACACACACACACAUACACUCACAGACACACACACUUACAGAUACAGAAACACACACUUACAGACACAUACAAUCACAGACACACACACAUACAUUCACACACACUCACACACACUCACAGACACUCACACACAUACACACACACAUUCACAAAUUAUUAUUUUUUUAUUAAAAAUUGUCCACCCAGCCUCCCUACCUGGAGAGCUGGCAUGGACUUGUCACUGGGGUCCAGUGAGUCAGGUGCCUGUCUCCAACAAGCGGCGAGGGAGCUGUGUGCUCUCUGCUUCCUCUCGCCGCCCAGGCUGACUGCUGUAGCUGGAAGCCAGAAUAUGACAUCAUAUUCCAGCUUCCGCCCUCAGCAAACGGCGCACGGCGAGAGGAAGCAGAGAGCACACAGCUCCCUCGCCGCUUGUUGUAUGGAGACAGGCACCCGACCGGGGGGGGGGAAGGGUGUGUCCAUCACAUCUUGCUCCCCAUGACAGGGAGAACACGGGGGGAGGGCAUUUUGGGGGGGCAGAGUGCCUGCGGGAACGGUGUUCCCACGUGUUCCUGCAGGACUCACCCGGCACACGCCUAUGUAUAUAUAACAAUAUAAUAAUAUAUGAAAACCAAGAGAUAUAUUUUGAAUAUAUCUCUUGGUUCCUCAGUUCCGUCAUCUUAAUCCCUUUAGGACCAAACUUCUGGAAUAAAAUGGAAUCAUGACUUGUUACACAUGUCAUGUGUCCUUAAGGGGUUAACUCUAUCACCCUAUCUGUGUUCCAGUGUCUCACCAGCCUCACCUUUAUUAACUGCAUUGUCUCAUUGUAGGAAAGUGUAUGAUUUUCUUGGCAGUUUCAUCACAACGGGAAUGAGAUUUCUGUUAAACCAGCAGGUAGGUACUACAACUUACUCCAAUAGCUUUAUGAAACUUCUAAUAUUGUACUGCUUUCUACUUCUAUUUUUUUCUUGUGUUUUUUUUUUACUACACAAAAAAAUAAAUUGAUCACUUACCUUCAAAUAGAUAUUGCAUGUGAUGCUCUACCCAGCAUGUUGUAUUGGUUAUGGUACCAUGAGUCUCUAGGCACCACCUCCCAAGUAAAAGUUAAACCACUUUCAAAUGGUUUCACACUGACCUAAGUCUCAAGGGUCGUGCGCAGUCUGCGGCUCUCUUUGGAUUUCACCGAAACAAACUUCUGCUUUCAUUAUAUCAAUUCCGCCUGUGUUUGGACAAAUUUAAGUGGCUGAGAUAAUCAGCUGACUCUAUCAGACAGCUAAUUCUGUUCAAAUAGGGAGGAGAGACUGAUAUAUCUCUUUCAGAAGUAAAAUUUAGCCAUAUCAGAUAAGAGGCCUGACUGUGGGUGUUUGGGGGACCCAAAAACGGUUUGACUCGUACCCUGGGUAUGGCUCUAGGAGACUCCUGGCACAAUAAUCAUUACAGAUGUAGAGGAUAUUCUGCCUAGACUGUGGUCUUUAAGGGAUGUGUAGUUAUGUAACAUAUUGAGAUCUAUCUUCAUCUGGCCUGAUCUAAAUUGUUUACCUUUACCAUUAAUAACUUACUUUUGUUAUAGUCCCUUGAUAUCCAAUUAUUUCUCCAACAAUUUGGCAUUGUGUAAUGUGUGGAUCCCUGUAUUCUCCCUAGUUGUAAUAUCAGUAGUAGGGCCCUAGAAGUCCUAGAGAAAUUUUAGGGGUUUUCACUUGCUUAUUUAUAACCUUUAAUGGAUCCGCUUCGUGUGUUUGUUGUAGAUUUGUCCCGCUCUCCGACAUGCCGGAUUGGUGCUGCUAAACUCUCUUCUGAACACAGUACCCGGUAAGUGAGCUUCCGGGGGGUUUAGACUUUGAAGGAAAGGAGAGGGGUUAGCAUCUAAAAUAGAAUUGGGCAAAAGUUAGAUGCCCAGAUGUUGCAGAACUACAGCUACCAUGAUGCUUUGCCAGACUUUAGAAUGUUACAGCAUUAUGGAAGUGGCAGAUUGGGGAUCUACCAUUUGUCCAGCCCUGUACAGAUGCAGAUGUGGGGAUCUACCAUUUGUCCAGCCCUGAUCUAAAACCUUCCAAAGAUAGCCAGCUUUAUGUGCCUGUUUCCUAUUUAAAAGCAUAGAUGGUUUUCUGCUUUGGCAACCAACCUGUCGGCCUUGAUUUAAUAUUUUUGGAUAAGCUCUUCAAAUGGCUAAAAUCUGUUAGAAAACGUUAGCGUUUCAAAUUAUGUGUCUACAGAAGUCACUAUUAAAAUCUAUGGGCAUGUCUGAAGAUAAACAGUGUUUCCAACAGAUGAUGUGAUCAAUUGAGACGCUUAUGCAGAAAUAUUAAAUCGAGGCCUAUGUUUCGUGAACUCUGCCACUUUGUUUCUCUGACUGCUAUCUUUAUUGGAAGGGUUGCCCACGAAUUUCAAACCAUUCAUUAAGUUAGAAGGAAAAGAGAGACAAUAUUUUCAAAUUUCCCUCCAAACAUUUUAGGCGAUUCAGAAUUAUUUUUUUUUAAAUCCCUUCAGAUAUUCGUAAGUCUCAAUGGUUUUUAAGUAUGUUUAUUAUUUUAAGGCAUGCAGUCUUUUUAUAUCUAUUUUGUAAAUUUGCACCAUUCUAAUAUCCCUUAUUUAACUUUAAGAACCUCUCAUUCCAUUGCAUAAACAGUACAUGAUAUAAUAACCGUUUUCCAUUUUCUAUACAGUGCGGAAUGCGGUGGACGAUUACAUAGGAAUUGAUUAUUCUCUCUUGAGUGACCCGGAUGUAUCAGAGGACAGUUUGGAUAUGGACUUUAAGGCAAGAUAACUGGCUGAUAGGUGUGAUGUUACAAUGACGGCAGACAACAAUAGAACAGUUCUGUCAUUGUUAUUCUUCUACCAUAAAUACUUGAUCCAAAUGUUACCACAUUGCUUUUUUUUUAUUCUAAAUUAACUUUGCAUUAUAAUCUCAUUGUAUAAAUGCAGGAACUAUUUAAACUCAAGGGCUUGGCUAUCAUUUGCACUAUGCAAAUGUUAACUAGUUGCUAUUGGCCAACAAUCAAGGGAUAUAGAUGCAACUGUAAUCCUUGUUUUUACAUAUUUUAUUCAAUGUGUAAAAAAUAAAUGUUAAGAACAUUGCAAACAAAUUUACAAAAAUACAAGUAAAUGUUGUGCAUGUUGUCAACAAAAAUGCAAAAGAUAAUUAAAGCAUUGAGUAUGAGAACAGGUAUGGAUUGGGGAUGGGAGAAAUAGCACAGAAGAGAGUGAAUGGCUAGAGCUUGAGGAUGUUUGGGAAGUUGGGGCUGACUGGGUUUUGCAGAACUCGUUCCAUGCGGACCAGAUUUUUGCAAUUUUCAAAGUGAGCUCAGAUUGCGGUGAGACAAUUUUUCAUGGAGAUGUGUAGUCUGGAGAGCUUGAUACACAGGUUGCCAUGAUGGAAGCAUGGGGGACUUCAAAUUUUUAUCUACAGAAUUAUUUGAGGCUGUGAGAAAGUGGAGGAUUAGUGUUAGUUGGGAUCUUGGUAUGUGUGGAAGAAACUGUCACGAUUCGGGGAACCCAACACGCUGGCACACACACACACAAAAGGUGCCGUACCGGACCUUAGAGUGGCCGGGCUAAGCACACACAGAAUAGUCAGGAAACAAGCCGAGUAAGGGGAACCAGAAGACAGAAUAACGUGAAACGAGCCGAGGUCAAAGGGUAGGAGAAAGUCACAGAGUCGGAUAAACAAGCCAGAGAGUACGUAACCAGAAACACAAGGUAAGUAGCAAUACUAGCAAGCAAAGACCACAACAGGGCAGGGAGGAACAGGAAAGGUAAGUAUUUAAACCAUAAGGUUAAUUCUGAUUGGAUAAUUUCCAAUCAGAAUUAACAAUCACACGUGGGAGAUAUCUAGACCUCCCACUGUGAUUAAGGCACUGUGCCUUUAACGCCGGGUCAGGUGACUGACCCCGGCGUGUAUAAACCUGGGCGGUCUCCCAGCGUGCAGCGUCAUGCAUGCUGCCGCUGGGGGACGUGGAGGGAACGGCGGGCGGCAUCCGAGGCUGGAAGGAUGCCGCUCGCCGUACCCACGAGGCGGAGGGGACCGCGGACGGCUGGAGGGUGAGUACUGCGAGCGGAGUGCAGCCUCCCCUCGCAGCCGCCCGCGGGAACCUGACAGAAACAGUGAGGUUUCAAGAAGGAAACAGUGAGGUUCUCACGGCAACCUGAUUGUUGCGAUUUCCUUGGUGAAGGAAUUAAUCUCUGUCCAGAAUGUCUUGAGUAAGGAGCAAUCCCAGAAGACAUGCAUUAAAGGGACACUAUAGUCACCAGAACAACUUUUCAGAGAAAAUGCAGUGUUUACAUUACAGCCUAGUGAUAAUUUCACUGGCCACUCCUUAGAUGGCUGUUAGAGAUCCUUCCUGGGUCAUGGCUGCCUAAAAUGCAUCCAAACAUUCAGUGUCUCCUCCCUCUGCAUGCAGACACUGAACUUUCCUCAUAGAGAUUCAUUGAUUCAAUUCAUCUCUAUGAGGAGAUGCUGAUUGGCCAGGGCUGUGUUUGAAUUGUGCUGGCUCUGCCCCUGAUCUGCCUCCUUGUCAGUCUCAGCCAAUCCUAUGGGGAGGCACUGUGAUUGGAUCAGGCUACCACUUCUACCGAUGUCAGCAGGCAGUGGGCAGGUCAAAGGAAACAGUGACAAAGCAAGCAGCUCCAGACUUGAAUACCAGUAAUAUUUUACUAUAUUUACGGAAGCAUGAGGACACCAGGGUGGCUAGAUGGUAGUUUUAACCCUAUAGAGUCAGGAAUAUAUGUUUGUGUUCCUGACCCUAUAGUGCUCCUUUAAUAUUCUCUUCUCAGACUGCAUCUCCAACAUCGAACAUCUGAGGUCAGGAAGAUGUGAACUUGAACCCUAACUUGCGAUUAGUCUCCCAUUAUGCAUUAUGAAUUGCAUAUGAUCUUCAUAGCUACUAGUGCUCUUCUCUAUUUUGACGUUAGGCAUUUUUGAAGGUCUUUUUCCCAUUGUAAGAGAAAAGAUGUUUGUUUUGAGGUUUUUUUUUUUGUGGGUGCUCACAAAUCAGAGCUUGAUAGCAAAUUGAUAAAGCUUUAAAUUAAAACGUUAGUGUUAGAAAUGCAAAGAUGUAUUCCUAACACUAAAGGGUUCUCCUACGGUGACUUCAGCACGAUACGGCAACCUAAUGUGCUUUUCCCACGCACAUUAGGCCCUCCCCAUAGCAAAGCUUUAACUCAAUGCUUUCCUAUAGGGCUUUAGAAGAUGUUGGACUUCUUCAUGUUAAGCAGGCAAUUAAAACCAGGCUUUGGCCUUCUGGUCAUCUGAAGACCUCAGAACAUGUGGCUGCUCGCCAUCACGGUCAGGAUAUGCCCCCCUGUGUGUAUGGAAAAUAACAUCAAUGGGUUAUGAAGACAUCUUAAUAAAUCACAAGACAAAAUGUUGAGUGGUUCAUAAUUGUCUGCAGAACACCAUGGCAAUUUUUUGUCCUAAUACAUGCUUUGCUGUUAUGUAUCUUUUAUAUUACAUUAUAUUUAUAGGUUAGUGUUAGUAAAAGGGAUAUUCUAAGCUCCUUGACCCCCUUCAGUGUGUAGAAGUGGUCAUGGUGCAAGGAGCCCUGCAUGUUCAGCGUUUCACCAUCAACUCCACCUCCAGCAGCAUCAUUAACAAGUCCAGAAUGAGAGUUCAGUUUUGGCUAUGUCGAUUCUGUGCAUAUUCUGCAUAGAGACGCUCACUGAUUGCAGAAUGCUUAGCUGAUGUUUUUGGCCAAUCAAUGAUUGACAGCUUGCAGAAGGCAGAUGUCAUUCAGCCUUCUUGAGAGGAGACUCAGCUCCCGGGUGGACAUAGUUAAGAGGCCCAUUUUACAGUGCUGCGGAAUUUGCUGGGACUUAUAAAUAAUAAUAAGAGGCAAGCCGUUACAAAAUGUCUUGUCCCCAUUGCUGGGGAAUGGGCCAGGGUCCUCCUAGUAUCAUAAUCACCAUAGAUGGCAGCUUUUUAGAUGUUGUCAUUUAAAUGACAGCAGUUGUCGACAAAUCUGGAUUUAUAAUUUGUCCAUAAUACAAUACGGCGCUCAAUAUGUCAAGUUCUACACUGCUGUGCAGGUCUAAAAGAUACUCUCUACUGUAAGCCUGGAAGGUUCAAGACAUUCUCAUCAGGGGUGAAUUUCUAUUCUCUGGGGCGGAAUAUUCACUGUCCAAUACCUAUAUUGUGAGUGGAAAUGUUUGAGCCCUGAUAUACAAUCAUAUCAAACUAGGAAUUGAGCAGACUGUUACAGAUUUUAGGACAAUGUAACUGAAUUGGUAAAAUUAUCCCCUUCAACACUAUUUCAUGAUCAGUAAUUAGGGCCUAAAUUCACAGGUCAGUUCUCCAGUAAAUACUUGAAAACAAGAGAAUUCUCACUGUAUCUUUCCUGGGAAAAUAUUUUAUAAAUUAAAAAUUCCCAGUUCAUCGAAUAACCUUAUCAAUAUAUUUCCUUACCACUUUACAGAGAAUUCUGCAAGUUUGUAUAUAUGUGCAUGUUUUCAGUGUUUUAUACAUUUAUUAUAAUGUACUGUGAAUAUUAUUUGCAGCUUUGUAUCCCUUUAACUGUAUGUGAUGAGUUCCAGAGAUACAUAUUGCUAUUGCAUUGCUAUAUGUUCUAUAUGUUAUUUUUGCAUUGCUGUAUUUAUGCCAAGUUAAUAAUUGUGCCUUUUCCAAUGCAGGGCAUGUUUUUCUCGCUUACGGAGCCGAAUCAGACUCUUCCCAACCUGUCACCAGCACUGCACAUAAAGCAGCAGGAACGCAUGGUGUACAUUGCGCUCUCUGAAUAUUUUUUCGACUCUGCUUUGUAUGCGUAUUACCAGUCGGGUGUACUUAGCCUGGAUAUUGCUGGUGAACAGGUAAGUGCACUUAACUGUUUAACUAGGCUUCUGGUUGAAAUGAUAAUAGACAUUCAUAGAGAUUUAAGAGAUUUGUAGGGUUUGCUUUAAAGACAGUACAACCACUACAGUACAACCACUACAGAACAAUGAGGUGGUUGAUAUGAUAAGCGUGCCCUGGCACCAUCCCACAGUAAGUAGUCAAACUUGUUUAGCACAGUUUAACAGCUUGCUUGGGCACCACCAGGCAACUGCAGCCACAGCCUCUAAUUUCCGGUCUUCUCGAGCAGGAGAGUCAAGUUAGCUCUGCAGAUGUAAGCAAGGACAAGCAGGUCUGGACUUAUUGGUUGAGAAUACCAGCUAAGCGCCCUCAGCCAUUGAGCGCAAUCGUAGACCUGCCAUGGAGACAUCCAGCUUCUCCUUCAAAGGAAGACCUUAAGCAGCAUGGGCACCAGUGUACCCAUUGAAGUUGUCAAACCAUACUAAAACAAUUCGACUAUUUACUAAGCCACUCAUGGCACCAUAAUACGGCAGCCUGUAGUGGUUAUGGUGUUAUGAGUUUUCUUUUAAUUAUUCUGAGGCAUUUUCUGGAAUGCACUGAUCAUAAUCCUCAUGAUUUGCUUUCUCCCUUUCUCUGUUUUCACUGUCCCCAUCUAUUCCCUCCCUGUCUAUGACACAGCCCCCAUACAUCCCCUCCUUGCCAAUGGCACUGUCUCAAUCUGUGCUGUAAGUUUCAAUUGUAAUGUGUCCUAGCCACCAAAGAAAACUACAUGACAAUCCAUACUUGACAUUGUUCUGAGGCAUCAGCUUAAAGCGUAGCGGUAGCAUGACUAGUAAAUAAGUGUGGUGGCCCACAAUGCUGAUCAGAUGACCCACUGUGACCUGGCAAAAACCUAAGUUUCAUCAGUUGCAUUGAGGAAAAGUGUUACUACAAAACUAAACCACUCAUUAGUUCUAGUGCUCCCCAUUUUGUAUACUUUCAAAAAAAAGUAGUUAAAUUUGGUUAUUAUGUCCACAGAUGCCAAAAGACCUUGAAGUCCUGUUGCGCACAUCGUACUUCGGAACCCUUAUGCUGAUGGUAAGCACCUCAUAAACUUUUUCCAAGGAUCCUCCUGUGGUGGUUGGCAAUAAUGUGCCAUGGUGAUAUGUAUAUACUACAACUGAGUUCGGUCAGUCACUGCACCAUGUUGUGAAUAUGCAUUUAGUACUGGUUAAGGCAGUACAACCUUGGAUUACCGUAGGGAACUCAGUAUAGCUCUUCAUUACCAGUUAACUCAAUAUAUUUCUUUAUUAGACAGGUUUCUCAACUGCCAGUUUAUAACACUGGUUAACCGGGUUCAGCCAGAUAUUAUAGUGGGGAGCUUUGUGUUUAAUAUUGGUUGAAGAGACCCUCCACUGCCCAAAUACAAAAAAUAAAAAAAUAAAAGAUUGGUAGAUAUAAGUAUAGAUAACAAAUGAAAACCUAAAUUAAUUUAUUAAUGAAUCUAAAGAAAGCUGCAGAUAUCUUGUCUGCAGCCUUUGCAACCCCUCCCUUUUCCCCCCCACCCAGACUUUGUGUUGCUGUCUAAUCAUAGUAAGUAACAGGAACGGUUGUCUGUUUGACAGGCGGGGGGUGUAACAAGGAAAAGUAAAACUUAGUCACGUGAUACUGAAAUAAAUAUAUUUAUAAAAUAAAAACUGCUUCCAGAAGCUACAGACCUGCUGCCUGAAGCCUUUAUAAGCCAUCCCACUUUCAGUCUGUGCCGGGGAAUACACCAAUCGCAGCUUUUCUAUGAGCUGUAGUACAGGGGGGGUGGUAUGUGCACACUUGCCACUUCUGUUAGCUCUGUGGAGUGAAGGGAAGUAGAAGAAAACCUCUCCUGACUUUUUGACAGCUGAAGCGGCAUUUCGGCAAUGUUUUAUAACAUCAAUCAGAUGUUUACUUACAUUAGAAGUUUUUAUCUCCUGCUCUGUAAACUGAACUUUAAUGACACACAGGAGGCUUUUGCAGGGUCUUGAAGACAGCUAACAGAGCAGGAAAUAAGAUUCUAAAUUAAACAGAAUUUGCAGUAAGGGAAGCUUAAACAUUAUAUCUCACUAUACAGGAAGUGUUUAGGAAGGUGUGACUAGGGCUGUAUAAGCAAAUCAGUUUGUUAUAGUUAUCUGUUAUUACUGUUUAGUGUUCUACUACAUUGCUAAUCUCUAGCCUGUACUCUGCUCGGCUAAGUCUAUUUUGGGUUACGUGUGAUUUAUAACUGUAUAUCUCCCGACUGUAUAUCCUGCCCUGUAUGUUAGGAUCCUUCUGUGUCUGAAUCGCCCAUGAAGCUGGAGUUGCGUGUCUCUACACCUCCACGUUUUACUAUCAAGCCCACAGGCACCUCUGUGACGGUCAACGCAAUCCUAAAUAUAUACCUGGACCCACCAGACCAACCCCUCAUUCAGCUAAGCAGCAUGACUAUGGUAUGAGACACAGCGCCAUCUGAAACUGGAGUAAUCAUAAGUAUUGUACAGUAAUCAUAAGCAUUGUGAUGAGUAGCAAAACCAUUAUAUGACGUAGUGGGUGGAGUCAGAGUAGCAUUACAAUGCUUUAAAUAUCAGAAUAAGUUAAUGAGAUACAGAAUCUGUAAUUACGUGAAAUUAUUCCAUUAUUCCACAGCAUAGGGAACUACGUGGAGUAAAUAUAGAAAGCAGUUAGUAACUAAAGACAGUAAACUGAACUAGGAAGGAGUAAUUAUUUGAAGGAGGAGGAGAGUAAUACAAUACGUGCAGGAAGUAAUUAUUUGAAGUAGUUAGAAUUAUCAAUAAGAGUAGUAUCACUGAGUUAGAAUUGUCAGUACUAGUAGUAUUACAGAGUUAGAAUUAUUAGUACUAGUAGCAUCAUUGAGUUACAAUUAUCAGCAAGAGUAGUAUCAGUGAGUUAGGAUUUUCAGCACUGGUAGUAUCAGUGAGUUAGAAUGAUCAGUACUAGUAGUAUCACUCAGUUGGGAUUCUCAGUACUAGUAGUAUCACUGAGUUAGGAUUCUCAGUACUAGUAGUAUCACUGCGUUAGAAUUGUCAGUACUAGCAGUAUCAGUGAGUUAGAAGUAUCAGUACUGUUAGUAUCACUGAGUUCGAAUUAUCAGUAGUAUUAGUAUCACUGAGUUAGGAUUCUCAGUAUUAGUAGCAUCACUAAGUUAGAAUUGUCAGUACCAGUAGCAUCAUUGAGUUAGAAUUAUCAGCAAGAGUAGUGUCACUGAGUUAGGAUUCUCAGCACUAGUGGUAUCAGUGAGUUAGGAUUUUCAGUACUAGUAGUAUCACGUAGUUAGGAUUCUCAGUACUAGUAGUGCCACUGAGUUAGAAUUAUUGGCAGCAUGGAAAGUUAAGAAUCUGUAGGAAAAGUAAUCAAGGGCAGAACGUCUGCUACAGUAUUUGGUUAGAUUAAAAGAAAAUCACUUGGGAACAUUGUGUUAAACUGAUUUAAAUUGGAAGUGGAACUAAAAUGUUCUUUACCAACACCACACCAGUUAGUAGUAUCUGUGCAAUACAGAUAGUUGACUUUAUAUUGUUUCUGUGCUCAGGAAUCUCGCCUCAGUGCCAAGGUUACCCUUAAGAAGACUACAUUGCAGGUUCAACUGGACCUCAAAAGGUGAUGUAACCAAUCUUUAGGCAAAAAAAAAAAUGUUUUUUGUCAUAAUUCAGUUAUGUAGUUUGUCACGGCAUGGGUUUCAAACUAUUGAGGCCCACUAACUGACCUAACAGUCUGGUCACAAGAUAUCAGACAUCAGACACAAGGUAACUGUUGCAACUUGUGUCCGUUACCACAGUCUGGUAUUUGAGAGGCUGGUUGCUUUCCCACUGAAGUAGCAUGGCUGAAUGGCAUCUUGUGGGUGAGGAAUCUACUGAGUGGAGUCAGAGGAUCUGGUGCACAUUACUGUGCAUUGUGUGAAACGGGGGCAGAAACAUGACAGGACAUCACAUCCACAUCCCCUGUCCACACACUGUGCACUGGAUACUCAGUGGUGGGUCCAGUUAGAAGACACUGCUCAAUUAUUUAUGCAUAAUGCCUGUGUGUGAAUCAUUGAGUUUUUGUCAUUGUGUGUGUGUGUGUGGUUUUUUUUGUGUGUGCGCCUAUUUGUGUUUGAAUGUAUUUCAUUGCUACGUUUGUUCAAAUCUAAAACAUUUUAAAUGGUUACUAAAAUAACACCACUGUAUGGGUUAAUAUGAUGCCAGGAGUAUCCUGGCCCAGUCCACAUUGAAUGCGGGCUUCGUGGGAAGCUGACCUCUCUGAGCCAAUGAAUGCAAUUCUGUGCAUGUAAAUUUUCACACAAUUGACAAAAGCCAGCCCAGAACUCUCGUAGUAAGUUGGCUAAUGAUGCCCCAAAGACCCUGCCAAAAUGCUGCACACACAUACUCUAGGCACCAUGACCACUUCAAAACACAGAAAUGGUAAUGGUGCUUGGAGAAAUCCUUUAACUUUGCUGUAUUUAGAGACCCAGCGUUAUAUUUCAUGUUUUUUAUUUACUCAGCUAUAAUAUUCCAAUUCUUCAUUUGACACACCAACACUGAGUACACAUUUUUUUAAUGGACAAAUAGGGCUUUCUUCUAAAUAUCAAACAAACAUAUAGGCAUGUGAAUUGGCAAGUUUGGUCCAAUGAUCAGUAUGGCCGACUGCAAGAGCUCCUUUCCCCGCAGAGCCUCCAGGUACAUAGGAGCAAGGUUCAUGGAGCUUUAUUGAGCCUCUGUGGAUAGCACGGCCCAGCGUGUUGCUCUGACCUCAUGUAACCAGAACACUUGUCCUUUACAACAUAUCCUCUACAGAGAGCUCCCCUUUUCUUUGGUUGCCAGUACAAUACAAACAGGGACUUGCUCCUUUCUCACUUAGCCAUUUGCUCAUCUCAGCACAGACAUACUGGCACUAGGGAUGUGUAUUGGCUCAGCACUCUAUUCUCCGAUGUUACAUGUUGUUAGACCAGUCCUGUGUGGUAUUGCUGGAUGAGAAGUGUGUAUAAAUGGGUUUGAAACUGAAGCAGUUACCUACACCAUUUACCCGGCGAUUGUGGUGCACAGACCAACAUAUGCAGUGUUCCAGACAAACGAUUGGUUCUUACGAAACAUUGCUCCCUGCCUUGACCCACACAACAUUGUUCCUAAAUACAAUUCAUUUUAUCAGGGUGAGCAUUGAGAGGAAUGUUGAUGACGAGUUAUAGGGAUUAUAGUUAGGUUUAUUAACUCUGCAUUUUUAUUUUUUGUUCUCUGGGUAUUUACAUAUACACAAGAGAGCAAUGAGACGAUGAAAAUAAACCAAUUGGAUCUGCUAUUAGCAAAGAAAGUCUUGUCAUGAUCCCCUGGUUUUCCAUCCCUGCUCUGUGCUGUACGCUAACAGAUCUAAACAUCAGACAAAUACUUGUUUCUCCAUCCAUGGUAUUUUGUUGAGCUUCUUGGCAGUCAGUAUGUUUGUUUUUUUUAAAUAAGAAUGAGUGAGCCAUGCUGCCAGACACUUUUAAAGAAGAACCACAAACAGCAUUGGGAUACGGCUGUAUAAUCUAUAAAGAGAACAUAUAAAGAGAAAACACAAUAGUGUAAUACAGUAUAUACAGUGAAUCGUGCGCUUCAAAUGGAUGCACUCACAAGAUGAUGGAAAUAGAAGAGCGUUCAUAAGGUGCCUCCCCUGAUAAUAUGGGGGGCUGGUAAUUCCCCUUGUCAAUGUAGAGCAGCCAAUGGGACAAUGGACUCCAGGUGAGUAGUAGUAGAAAAACCAGUAAUUUUAUUUUCUUAAAAAGGUGAAAAACACCAUAAGAAUAAAAGCAGCAAUAGGUCCAACGCGUUUCGUUCAGACAGGAACUUCAUCAGGGACCGCACAGUAAAAAAUCACAAACAAUAUCACAGAUUGUAAAAUAAUACAUCCUACUCCCCCCUUAACAAAAUCUCUAUAAAUAGGGCUAAUCCCAGUGUCCCAUUGGUCCAUAAUAUGGGAGUGUUCCAGUAGCCAGCUCUUCAUUGGUCCUGGGGUGAUGUCCUCCAGCUGAUGAUAUUUUCGGCAUUUAGAUGCUUCAAAUUGGGCGCCUUCAGUAAAAAAGCCGAAACCGGAAGUGGACGUAAUCCUUUACUUCCGCGUUCCAUUUGCGUUCCACAUGCGUUCAGUCGUUUUCUCUUAGCCACAUCAACAGGGAGCCAGCAGUGUAAAUGAUCACAGAAACGGCUAAAUAGCCAAAGAGUAACAGAUUAACUAAAUACAAUGAAUCUCUAAAUUAAAGAAAAAUGAAUUAGUGUAUUAAAUAUACAACAACCUUAUCAGACUAGUUCCUCUAGAACUUAAGCUUGUAUUUUAUAAGUACGUGUAUCAAUAUCUUCACCAUUGCAUAAUUCAAACAUAUCUGGUUAAAGUGACAGACACCUCCUUACUAAAUAGAGAAUAAAACAUGAUCAAUUCUUUCCUAUAAAUGUUCUCUCAAUACAUCAAAUAAUUAUUGUUUUAUAAUAUAUAGCUUAAUUAGUACACAUAACUGUAUUAUAUAAAACAAACUUGUUUUUAUUUUAUUAUAUUUUCCUCUUUUCUUCCCAUAUAUUUACAAUGUUGAUAUUAUUUAUAUUUCUAGAGAUACACAUGGAAUAAUUGUAAAAAAGAAGAGGGAGACCCGAGAGUCAAUCCAAGAAACACACUAAAUCAAUCCCAAUAUUCAGACCCCUGGGUUCAAGGGUCUUUAAUUUGUGUAUCCAAAAAGUUUCCCUUUGGGAUAACUUUUUGACCCUAUCACCCCCCCCCUCCCCCCCCCACUUUUAAAGAAGCUCUGUCACCUUCUGCAAAAAUUCCCAAUGAUGACUUGGGUUUCAGCAGAGGUAAGUUAUACUUACCUGAAGCUGUCCUCCAUCGGCACCAACAUCGUCUUUCUUCAGCUCCAGCCGCUUCAUCUUUCAGAAGUCCACAUCAGUGCUGUAAUCUUGCGUAUGCUUAAACAUUCUAAGUACAAAAGGAGAUCUCCAUAGUUAUUGUAUCAAAAUUAGCGAGACAAUGCCUGAUUCCACCAGCGACGGCUUUGGGAACUGACAAAACUUGACGGUGGAAGCUCUGCCUUUUGUCAAGUUUUGUUAAGUCAGGAUUUUACCAUAAUACAAAAUAGUCCCUUCUCUGUCUUAUGAUAUAUGUUGAUUGUUAGGAUUUCAUUGAAAUUCCAACACAGUCUUUUUAAAUCUUUUGGUAACAGAGCCAAUUAAACCACAUUGAUUGCCUGGAUUCACUUAAUAAUUAAAUCUUUUACCUGCCAAUGCACAAAUUUCAGUUUGUUUUAUUUGUUUUGCAUAAAGCAAGCAGAUAUCUCCAUUCUAAUACAAUUUAUUGUUUAAUAAGUGUCUGGAUUACAAACCUGUUAUGGAAUUUCAACAUUUUCAGGAACAUUUUCUCCUAGACACCAAAUUGCAAAUCAUUAACAAAUAUUGAAUUUAACUCUGCUUUGCCAGUAAAAGCAUUGCAAAUGAAAGAAAUAAGCAGAAACAUUGUUUCAGUUCUUUUCUUCUCCAUAUGCUGUCUCUAUGACAGGGAACUAAAAUGAGGCACCCGGUUGUGGGACAAAACAUUGUGGAUUUAUAAAAUUUAAUUUUUCACAAAUGUGUUUGUAAAUUAUAUGGAUAAGUCAAAUAUAUCUAAUUCUCUUCAUUGAAUUCUUCCUGUACUUUAGGUUCAGAAUUUAUUCUAAUAAAUCUGCUUUGGAGUCCCUGGCGGUGAGUGAGCUCACAAUUUUAGCUAAUGGCCCCCUUUAUCCCCAUGUAGCAUCAUCUAAUAAUUUCUCCAUCUUCACAUCUCCCCACAGCUGAUCCCCCUGCAAAAUCCUCUAAAGACACUUCUACAGCUGACUGUGAUGCCCGUGCUCAAUGGUAAUACUUCCAAACUUCAUUCACUCAUUUCACUUUCAUUGAAUGUGUAGGGAUGAAAUAAUUCAAAAGACAAACUUAAAAGGCAAGGCUCAAUAUUGUCUAAUCAGUGUUGCACUUAUUGGCAUAUAAUCUUACAAACUGAAAUCUUCUGUUAGUAGUAGCUGUUGUUACGAGUAUGUGUGGCCAUUACGGUGUUCCAUUUCUUUACUAUAGAGAGGACUAAACGAGGUGUUAGAAUUCCAUUACCUGAAGGCCUAGAUUUCAUACGCGAGACCACAUCGCACCAUGCGGUAAGCAACUAACAAGCCCGGUGUCAUGUAUGCAGUUGUAAGGUUCGGUCAAGGCCUAACAUUUUGGUACAUUUCAUGCACCCAGGGAUUUGUUCUUAUUGGCGGUGAUCUGCACUUCUCCAAGAGCCUGCGUGAAGUUAUUAAUGAAUAUCGUCCAGCACCCACAGCCCCACCAAGCACAGGACCCAAUGAAUCCAUCUGA